CAGCCAAGUGCACAGAGGCUGGGAGUCACUCCCAUCCAUUGAUCCUCUGGCCCCGUCCAGCACUUGAAUGCAGCCCCCAGAAGGUUGCCCACAUCAUGGGAAAGGUCCCACGCCUGGACUAACUGGAGGAAGCGGAGCGGCAAGGAUUUGAACCCGGGGAAGAGAAUGUGCUCUGAUUGGCUGGUCAUACCAGAUGUGCUGUGAUUGAUCCCUUCUUCCUGUAAAUACAGUAAAAGAAGCUUCACUUCUUAACUCAGCCACGGUGAGAUUGUGUUUGGCUGUCUUUUACGUACCUCUUAGAGGUUGUGUUUUCUGCCCCUUUUAGUUCUUGCUGACUAUAUUUGGAGGGGGUGGAAUUGCAAUUGUGUAAUUACAAUUUGAAAACAACAAACAAAUAUUAGAAAUGCAUUAGGUGGCUCAGGAUACUGGAGCUUACCAAAGCUUUGAUCUUCAGCUGCAAUAACCGGUUCAUAUCAGCUUGGUUUGCACCAAACCUUGGUUUACUGAGACCCCGAGGGAGGAGUGUUCCCUUUCCUUUGUCCUUUUUGUUAUUGUGCUGAGUUAAGGUUUGGUUUAAUGCAUUGUUUGAACAGUUAAGCUCUCUCUCUCCUCAUUAACCAUGAGCUGUGGCCAGGACCUUACUUCUGGGUAUACCUUAGGCAAUUCCAUCCUGUUGUUAUUUCUGAGUGGGAUUCAGUCACAUCCCAGCAAAUUCAAGUUACAGGCAACUCCCCAUUUAUGUGCAUUCAAGGCACAUGCGACGCUACAAGGGUGCAUCACGUUGAACCUGGAAGUGACCCGAAAACGCGACAAAAAGGGUUGGAACGGGGUGUUUGCAAGCUUUUUCAAUGAUGUUUCAAAUACACCCCCAUUUCACUUAAACACCUGGUACCUUGGAACGUAACCCCCAUGUAAAUUGGGAAUUGCCUGUACUAAUUGGUUUGGGUGGUGUUGUGCAACCAGCCUGCUUUCCCAAAAUAUGACUUUAUUCACUAAGGAAAAUGACCGAAAAACGUACUGGAAAGUGUGGGAUAACACUUGCCUUCGCGCAACAUCGCCUCAUCUCCACACAAAUCAGGGUGUUCAUCAAAUAGCCAACGUUGUCUAAUGUCCUUGCAAAUAAACCAGGAUGAAUGUUCAGCUAACAGUCGUCUGGGUUGUCCUGUCACUUGGAAGCAGUUUGCUGCUUUCCAGUUCCCUGGGGAAAGAGCCUAGCAAAGUUCCUGUCCCAGUGCACCGGUCAGUAACACAACCAUCCAUCUUUAUUUAUUGAGUUAUUGUUUGUUUGUUUUUUUAAUCCCACCAUGUUGCAAACGGAGCCUCAAGGCAGCUUAGAAUAAACAGCAUAAUUUAUUUUGCUAUAAGCAAAACAGCAUGGCAAAAGACAAUAGACCCAACCAACAGGGAGGGAAAUGAAUGAAUAUAAUAAAAAUAGCACGUAAGACAACAUCUUUUCCAGGCAGGUGGAAAUAGAUGCAGGGUUUUUUUGCAGCUUCGUCAAAUGCCAACCCCUGUUUCUCCUCACCCCACCCCGCCUUGAUCCUGAUCGAGCCUUUCUGAGCAGGCGGAGGGGGGGGAACCAGAGCAAUUACAAGAAGAACCUGUUGCCCACGACCAGUUUGUGAGCAACAGGAUUAAACCCGGGUCUGGAAGGAAGAAGCCCCUUCGUCUGUUUUUGCUGCAACGGACUAAGGCUUCCUUGCUUUGCCACGGGCUGAAAAGGUUCGACUCCCCUCCAGGGGUUUUUUGCACCGAAGUCUUGCCUUAAGAGCAGGGCUCUAGCGAGAAAGGGGGUCUAAGGUAGGCUUUCGCCUCGCCCCCUGGCGCUCCGCUUAAGCGCGACUCCUCUCUGCUGUUGCAGGCGAGUCUUCUGGAGCAAGCGUGCGAGGAGGGCUGGGCUCCCGGUGCUCUUGUGGGUGGGUGGGUGUGUAUCCCCCCCCUCGGAGCAGUGCAGCCCCCUCCCCCCCUGCAUUCAGCUCCCUCCCCCUCGCACCUGACGUCAGCUUUCUGGGUUUCUCCUCCAAGCCCCUCCGAUGCAUUUGGACUCUCGGCUCUGGCACCAGGAACAAUGAGUCGCUGCCGGCUUGCAAGCUUCGCCCGCGCCUGCCUCCUGCUCCUGGCCGGCUGCUGCUGCAGCAGAGGUGAGUGGCGGGCAACAAAGGGAGAGGGAGAGGGGCUGAGCGGGCAACUUGCGCUGCAGAUUUGCAGGGCAGCGCUGUCCCAGGUAAGCCUUGGGCACCGCGGCGCUGCUCCCCUCCGUUUGCAAAUCAAGGCGGCGCGGGAGAAACGUGCUUUGUCUUGUUAACUCUUGCCGAACUCCGAUUCCAAUUCUGCAAGGAUUCCCCGGGUUGCUACGAUUAGUUUUUUAUGGUGUUAGAACCGAAGGUGUGAAUGUUCCCCCCGGGGGGUUGCUUCCACACCCCACCCAAUGUAUUUCUGUCCAAGCCACAAGGAGAUGCAUAUUUCGAGGUGUCUAGAGCUGGAUUCAUAUAAAUAUAAAUAAACACACACAGGUGGGGAAGGAGACGCACACAGUUUGCAGAAUGGGUUUUGCAAAAACACACCCACCUUCUCUCACUGCCUCUCCUCCGCGGUGUAACCGCUACUGUAAGUGAUUUGCAACUGGUGGCAGAAAAGGGGGCGUGUUGCGUUGCGCUUGUGUGCAAACCGGCCCACCAGGUGGGGGGGGGUUUGGUUGGAUUCCCCCUCCCCCCAUAUUUUUGUUAAAAAAUAUUUUGCAUGGGAUUGGGGGUCCUGAUGCAUGCAAGUAUCCCCCCCUCCGAGUCCACACGACAUCGUUGGCAUAAAAAUACCAGCUCCCCCCUAAAUCACAGAUCUAUGUGGAAAAUAAGCUAAAAAAAAAUAAGAAAGGAAAACCUGUUGCCAACGAUAUCUGAGACCCCCGUUUGAAAAUCAGAAGCGCUGUCUAGAAACCCCUCCAUGUUCUCCCCUUUUGCAAACCCUUUCCUUCCCCCAUCUUUAAUUUACUGCGGAAUAUUUGGGUGUCAAAACCUUCCACGUUCUGCGAGGGCCUCUGAGCCUCGUGGGGUAAAGAGAAGUCCCAGAAGGGAAACAGCCUGUCCUUUGUACUGUAAAGGGGUUAGGACGGGGAUUUCCCAAAUGAUCAAUCUGCCCACCCCCAAGUACUGAGAAUUGGGGGGGGGGGGAGGAGUUUUAUUACAGACGUGAGAGGCUGGUUGGUGGAAGGGGGUGUGCAUCAGCCCCCGUUCCUAUUAUAGUACAUAUUCGUAUACGUUUUGAGCCCCUCCGGGCAGGAUCCGUGCACCUCCUAUGCUGUGCACAGCGGGAAGCGUUGAUAAUCAAGAGUUGUAGAUUAUGAAGACUGAUAAUUGUAUGUACUGUAAGCGGGGUGCUGAGUCUUACUAUAUGGCCACAGUUUAUUAUCUGGCAGACGCUAUUGUUCUGAAAUAAAGCACGCUCCUUCCCCCCCUCCCAUGGGGUUGAGCUGUCUUAAUCAGGUUAAGCACCCCAGCUCAUGCUUUGUUUUGAGUGGGAUUGUUUAUUGUGAAUUUGGCUGCCUCAGGCUCCCCGCUCUACACGCUCCCCCCCCCAUAGUAUGGGGGAAAGGAUCUGGGUGAAGCAGAGACUUGGGGUGGGGGCGGAACAUCCCAUCCCUUGAUUCUGCAAGACUUGUUCUAAGAUGCCUAGAGAGGAAGGUUGAAGCCAGAGGUAGGGUGGUAGGAAGCUAUCUCUUAUACCAGGUCAGGUCAAUGGGACAUCUAAUUCAGUGCUGCCUACACGGGCUGGCAGCAGCUCUCCAGGGUUUCAGGAAAGGACCUGCUUGGAGAUAGAUGCUGUUGGGGAUUGAACCUGCAUCCAAAGCUGUUGUUCUGCCCAUGAGCUGAGUCCCUUCCUCAAAAGUUCCUGUUGGCCAUCUAUUGAAGAGAAGGUUCCCAUGUCUCCCCCACAAGUUUAGGCAAAUGCUAAGUUUGUUCACUGGGAUUUGGACAGAGGGAGCAUUUAUAGAUUUUGAGAAGUGAGUGAAGCCAAAGCCCCGUUGAGAUGACAGGAGGAUCAGCAUUGCCUCCUCCCCACCCCCACCCACCAAAAACGAGGGCACAGAGGGAUUCUGGGCACAUGCUCUGAGCUCAGCUUCUGUCUGGAACAGACUGCAUCAUCGGAGCCUGUUUGUCUGAGAUUUUAACGGCGGCAUCAUCCAGAGUGUAAGUUUUAAGGCUGCUGCUGUGGCACCAGUUUUCCUGUUGGUGUGUCAUAGCAAACCUGUAGGCAUGCACCCCAAAGAUGCUGUUCAGUAUCUGCCCUCCAAAAAUGGGGAUCUCAAAAUUUGGACUCUACAUGUGACCAAAAGCUGACAAAUUGUUGUACGUUUGUACAACAAUUUCCUUUCGUUUGUACAAACAGUCUCCAGUUUUGUGUGUGCAAAGCUUUCUUUUUGCUGCGUAUGUUUUCAGUAAAAGGAUGAGCAAACUUCUUCAGAUAAGGGAAUACAGUUUUUUUCCUGUUUUUGUAUUGGCUUAUUUAUUACUUGCUCAUUAAAAUAUUUAUAACCUGCCUUUUCUGCCCAAACGCUCCAGGGCAGUGCUCAACAAUGAAAUGAGAUGCAUAGUCAACACAUUAACAUUUAUGUAAAGUAGCAGUUUAAGCUUACAGAUAGAGUCAGUGGCAAUUGGGAGGUGGGAGGCUUAUCUGGCGACUCAGAGGGCUUGUGGAGUCCUUUGAAAUAACACAGCAAAGCUACAGUGACUUUGUUACAGCAAAGCUAGUAGCAAAAAUGGAACGAAGGGCAGAGAAAGGUGCCAACACGAAAAAGGCCUUGCUCUGGAUAAGCUACACACCCCAACUGCAUUUAAAAUAGUGAGGUACCUGAAUAGGGCUGGAUGAUAUCUAGUUUUCAACAUCAUGAUAUAUCAUGAUAUAUAUACUGGUAUAUCACAAUGUCUGAAAUAAAGGUGGAGCUAUGUAAAGGCAUUGGCUGGCUUAACAGUUUUCCCCACCUGAUUAUUUUUGUGUAGCAUGAGUAUAAACUUAUCAUCAUUCGUGAUCUAUUGCCAGGACAAAAAAUUAUGAAACCAAUAUCAAAAUAUGGACUUCAAACCAGUUUUGGGCGAUAUAUCGCCCAGCCCUCUAUCCUUCACCUCUGUGUACUUUUUAAGGGAAAAAAGUAGCCACUCUCAUCACUUUCAAGGGGGCAGUGAGUGUUUGCAUGUGUUGGGGUGGGGAAGGCUUAGGGCAGCCUUUCUCAACCUGUGGGUCCCCAGAUGUUGUUGAACUACCACUCCCAUCACCCCUAGCUAGCAAGGCCAGAGCUCAGGGAUGAUGGGGACCCACAGGUUGAGAACCGCUGGCUUUGGGGCUUUGUGGGCAGCAGGGAAGACCUCCAGGAUAUAAUGGUGCCCAUCAGAGCCGCUGCUGGUCACUUUAGACAAUACUGAACUAGAUAAACCGAAGGUGUGGUUCAUUAUAAGGCAGCCUCCUACACUCCUAUGGCGUUCUGACCUUGCUGUGUGGGGUCAUGCGCAGCCCCAGCUAUGCAUUUUAAAUUUAUUUCCCUGCCCCGCCUUGCAUAAAACAAGCGGGUGUAUGUGCUGCCCCUUCAGAGUAAGCGGAAGGGUAACAUUAGCAACUGGGAAGAAUUUGCAGUUGGUGUCCCAUGCGGCUCGUGAGAUCUCCUCAAGCCCUCAUCCCAGAAGCUGAGCCAUAAAAUAUCUGCAAAGAGGCUCUGUCGUUUGGACUCCUGCCUGAAUUCCACUCCCCACCCCCUGGCUAAUGGGAAUGGCCUGCUCAGCACUUCCCACCACGGCUCGGCUGCUGUCUUUCUUUGUGAAGUCUGCUGCUGCAGUGAUGGCUGUGGGAAGGACGGCCUUUCAGUGUGUAGCUGCAGGGCUGGGCACAUUCCUAACAUCAUACUGGUUUAUUUUUAGGAGCCCAGAGCAAGCUGCUCACCUGGGGCUCUCCUAUGUAUUUGAUACAUCCUUGGGAUGUAAGGGGGGGGGAAUAAUAAUUUCCUGGUUCCUGUGGACUAAGGAGAGCAGUCUCACUGCUAACCAAACGGCCACUGGUUUGCUGGUCCCCAUGAGAGGCUAACUGGUGUAUUAAUUCAUUAUAACAUAGCUUUUAGAUAUCGCUUUAAAUAACUGGUGGCUGGUGUCCUUUGGGACUGGGAGGGCAGAGAGGGACCAAGAGAAGGCGGAGCCACAGUCAGAGAUUGGCAGAAGUAAUUCCACUUUUAUUCUUAUCCUCCUCCCUGCUGAGUUCAACAAGGACAGCGCUGAGGCCAAAGAGCAUGGGUAGGCAAACUAAGGCCGGGGGCGGGGGGGGGGGCUGGAUCUGGCCUAAUUGCCUUCUAAAUCCGGCCCACGGAUGGUCUGGGAAUCAGCAUGUUUUUACAUGAGUAGAAUGUGUCCUUUUAUUUAAAAUGCAUCUCUGGGUUAUUUGUGGGGCCUGCCUGGUAUUUCUCCAUGAGUAGAAUGUGUGCUUUUACUUAAAAUGCAUCUCUGGGUUAUUUGUGGGGUAUAGGAAUUCGUUCAACCCCCCACCCCCCCAAAAAAUAUAGUCCGGCCCCUCACAAGGUCUGAGGGACAGUGGACCGGCCCCCUGCUGAAAACGUUUGCUGACCCCUGCCAAAGAGGAAGAAUCUCACAGGCAGUGCCAGCCCCUGCUCUGAUAGUAAGCAAGGAGGCAGGCAGGUGGGGCAGUGUUAGAAACUCAGAUAUACAAGCUAGGCGCCAAAUGGCUCCUUAAACCAGGCUUACAGUCGCCAAAACGGAAUGCCUAGUUGCCAUUUUGGGGGGCCAAGAUGGCUUGAAAGUUGCAUUUUUCAAUACAAGCUUUUGGUUCCUGAAAUUCAUUUUGAUGGUGCAGAUAAAAUAUUGUGGAUAGAAUUCUACAGGAUGUGUUGCUCAUGUGUGAAAACAGUGGGGAUCCAAAGAUCCUCAGGCUUGCGUCUCCAGAUGGUGGAGCUGCCAGUCACCAUCCUGGCACCUGGGCAUCUUCAUUUGGUCGCAAGUGGCCAGGAGCAAAAUGUGCCUAGCGAAUUUCAAACACUGAGGUGGGGGUAUUGACUAUGGUUGAUGGGGCAACGCCCCAUCUGCUCAAAUGGACCUGCUUCCACUGGUUCAGAGUGUUUGUGGCACCACCCAUUAAUCUUGCUUUAAUGCUUAUUUUAUUUAUUAUUGGUUCUUAAUGUCUAUGUAUCACAUUUCCUCCAAGGAGCUCAGGGUGGUCUACACUGUUUGUUUAUUCUCCUCCCCAACCUCUCAAUUGCUAUCCUCAUAACAGCCUGAGAGGUAGGCUAGGCAACAUGGGGAUUGGGACCCUGGUCUGCCAGCUCCCAGUCCCAACACUCUCAUAUUUACACUCCUCUGACUUUGUAAAAUAGGGCACAUUGCAGGGGCAGAGAGAAUGUCUAUCCCAAGGAGACAGGAUCUGAAUGCUCUGGCAGCCUGGAGAUAACAUCAACAGUGUAAUUAAUGUUUGAGUGAUGUAAAAGCAGAGAACAGAUUAAUAUGGUUAUAGCAAAAUAUGCAGGAAUGAAAGACUAAUAAACCAAGGAAAGAGAAGGAGGGAAGUCUCUGGAUAUUUAACAGUAUGUAAAAUGUUUAUUUUAAGGUGUAAAAUUGAAAACUUAAAAAUAUAUUUUUUAAAAUAGAGAGAGAGGAUCUGAAUGAUGAACCCCCUUAUGCUUGAUGCUCACAGUCAAUCAGGUUCUUGCUCACUCUUCCCCCCUCCCGUUUAUAGUUAUGUGUAAUUUCCUCACACCUUAAUGACUGAACUUGUAAUUCUUCUGAUGGAUGAGGUCAUAGUUGCUCAUCAUCCUCUUAACACGGCUUGUUUAAUUGGUUUCCUUGAGUCAGAGCCAGUGUGGAUCAAUGAACAAAGAGCUCACUUAGGAUCUGAGGGCCUGAUCUCACAGGGACACAGGAAGCUGCCUUGUAACUGAGUCAGACCCUCAGCCCAUGUAGCACAGUAUUGCUUACACUGGCUGGCAGCAGCUGUCCAGAGUUCCAGACAUUCCAAGAGAAUGAACCUGGGAGCUUAUCUUGCAAAGUAGGUGGUCUACCAUGGAGCUAUGAACUUUUCUCCACAUUUCACAUCUGCUCUGGCUUCUUUGCACAGAAAGUGGCUACGGUGUGCUUUGGUUCUGGAGAAGGGGAACUUAAAAUACUGUCCUCCUUCACAGGAUUGUCAUGGGAGCAAAAGUAACAUGAACAACAGCCUAAGUGAGUGUACUUCCUGCCUCGGAAUUGUGUAGGUACGGACUGGACCCUGGCUAGCACUUGCCCCCUUGUGGCCACUAAAAAGGACCCAGCAGAAUUGUCUGUGGGUGCCUGCACAUUAUUGGAACAAGUAGCGUCUUAAAACCAGUGUAACCACUGCAACUUGAAGGAAUGCUGGAAAUGGUCGUUUGGUGUGGAUAACGAGAGUCCAGAAGUUCUGGGAACAAGGGUGCUAGUCGUGAUUUUUAAGGCACUCCUAUGUUUGUGGUGUUGGCAUGACCUCUGCAACCGGAACAAGUCCUUCAGCUUGGCAAACAAACCAUGGGGACCAGAAACUUAAGGCCCAAUUCAGCUACCCUGUUCUGGUAGCAGAAGCCAGUGCAAAGUUUCCCUGCUUCCUACCCCUCUCCCAACCUUCCCGAAAUCUGCUCUGGAGGAUCAGAUGAACCCUCAAAACACUGUGGGAUGGGAGGAGAAGGGAGAGCCUUUCUGCUGGUUAAACACUAUGUUGAAUUUCCACCCUUUGGGUUGUAUUCAACUAAGCUGUACUCAGAGUAGACCCACUAAAAUUAAUGAACCUACGGUCAUCGUGCCUGUUAACUUCAGUGGGUCUACUCUGAGUAGGCUACAGCUUUGUUUUUGGUGUCAAAGUGAGAAAUGCAAUACUUUUUUGGGGGAGAUAUGAUGAUCUGCACUGCGGGGUACAUUCUGAGCCCUCCUUGCCUUAAAUGCAGUCUUCCAGAGGGGAUGGGCAAAGUCAAGCUUAAAAAGGGUGUGAGGAAGAGAAAAGGCGAAAACUUGGAGGAGGAUUGCUAUGUACAACAAGGGCCAGGAAUGUUAAACAGCUUAGGCUUGGGGGUGGGAGAGGCGUGACUCUGGUAUGAUAGUAACUCCUCACAGCCCCUCCCGAAAACUCUCACUCCUUUUCCCAGUGAGGGACCCAUUCCAUGGGCUGAGAACACACAAACACUGCCUUCUGCACUGAGUGAGACAGGCCAUUGUUCCAUCGAGCUCAGUACUGUCCACCUGGACUGCUAGCAGCUUUCUGGGAUAUUUGAGGUAACCUUGUUGUCGUUUAGCUGGAGGGGCAUGAGAUUGGACCCGAGGCCCACUGCGUAUACCAGGGGUCAGCAACCUUUUCCAGCUGUGGGCCGGUCCCCCGUCCCUCAGACCUUGUGGUGGGCCGGACUAUAUUUUUUUUUUGGGGGGGGGGGAUGAAUGAAUUUCUAUGCCCCACAAAUAACCCAGGGGUGCAUUUUAAAUAAAAGCACACAUUCCACUCAUGUAAAAACACCAAGCAGGCCUCACAAAUAACCCAGAGGUGCAUUUUAAAUAAAAGGACACAUUCUACUCAUGUGAAAACACGCUGAUUCCUGGACCAUCCGUGGGCCGGAUUUAGAAGGCAAUUGGGCCGCAUCCGGCCCCCGGGCCUUAGGUUGCCUACCCCGGCAUAUACGGCAGCCUCUUGCCUCUGAGCUGUCGCCCCCAAGAAAAGGCUGGAGCCAGGGAGCGUUUGACCCAAAGUCGUGCCCCGAACAUCAUUCUCUUCCAGUGAGUCUGAGCUGAUCUGUUUCCUUCCCUGCAAAGACUGACCUUUCUGGUUCCUGUGCGAAGGUACACAUUGUGCUUUAAAAGCUUGCUAAAUCACAUGCAAAGCUUGACAGGUGCUUUUGUAGCAAAGAGGUACUUCGCUCUCAGUGAGGUCUUCCCUCCCAACACUCCCUUAACUUUCAUGUGAAACGGUAGAUUUGAGGGAGGCUAUAAAGUAGGGUUUCCCAGACUUGGGUCUCCAGCUGUUUCUUGACUACAAUUCCUAUUAUUCCAAGCUAGCAGGACCAGUAGUCAGGGAUGAUGGGCACUGUAGUCCAAAAACAGCUGGAGGCCCAAGUUUGGGGAAAUUUAGCAAUCAACCCCUCUUGCCAGGGAACUCUAGGAAUUGUAGCUCUGAGGGUGGAGUAGGGGGUCUCGUGACAACUCUCGACACCCUUAACAAACCGCAGUUCCCUGGAUUAUUUCAGGGACAUAGGAACAUAAUGACGAGCCUGCUGGGAUCAGGCCAGUGCCUCAGCGAGUUCAGCCUCACAACUGUCUAGCAGGCAUCCCCAAACUCUCCCUCCAAAUGUUUUGGGGCUACAACUCCCAUCAUCCCUAGCUAACAGGACCAGUGGUCAGGGGUGAUGGGAAUUGUAGUCCCAAAACAUCUGGAGGGCUGAGUUUGGGGAUGCCUGGUCUAAAGUUCCAUGCUGCUGCUUUAACUGUAGAGUGCAUAUGGGGCCUUUGUAAAGCAUUGUGCGCAUGGAUGGGUUUUUUAAUAGAACACGUAACAUCCACAGAGCCUAGGACUUGCCGAUCAGAAGGUCGGCGGUUUGAAUCCCUGUGACAGAGUGAGCUCCCGUUGCUCUGUCCCUGCCAACCUAGCAGUUUGAAAGCACAAAAAGCAAGUUCAGUGGUACCUCGGGUUACAUACGCUUCAGGUUACAGACUCUGCUAACCCAGAAAUAUUACCUUGGGUUAAGAACUUUGCUUCAGGAUGAGAACAGAAAUCGUGCAGCAGUGGCAGCAGGAGGCCCCAUUAGCUAAAGUGGUGCUUCAGGUUAAGAACAGUUUCAGGUUAAGAACAGACCUCCAGAAUGAAUUAAGUUCUUAACCCGAGGUACCACUGUAGAUAAAUAGGUACCGCUCCGGCGGGAAGGUAAACGACGUUUCCGUGCGCUGCUCUGGUUCGCCAGAAGCGGCUUAGUCAUGCUGGCCACAUGACCCGGAAGCUGUACGCCGGCUCCCUCAGCCAAUAAAGCAAGAUGAGUGCCGCAGCACCAGAGUCAUGCGCGACUGGACCUAAUGGUCAGGGGUCCCUUUACCUUUUUAACAUCUGUGUGGUGCAGUGGUUAGGAUGUUGGACUGGGGUUCAAAUCCCCAGUUCACCUUGAAGCUUAUUGGGCCACUUGCUACCUCUCAGCCUAACACACCUUGCAGGGUUGUACUGGGUCCUUCAGGGUCCUUGAAGGAAAGGUGGGGUACAAAUACAGUGAGUAAAUAGGAAAAGAAAAUGCAACCUCGUGUUGAGCGAUAGUGGAAUAUAAAUCAGGUCCCUCCUGGGCUACUCCUUCGUAAUGGGAGGCAGCCUUCGCCUUCCCUUCUAUGGAGUUUUCCGCCCUCCCAAGUGCCCUUCCCUGCUCUUCCUUUUUUAUCUCCUCCAGAUGCUAUUUUAACCCUUCUGGCAUGCCUAUUAUUCUGUGCUUUGUCCGCUUGGAGCUUCCUUCUCUCCCUGCCCAUCCAGCCCCUCUUCCGUUCUCAAAGCGAGUUAAAUUCCCACUGGGCCAGAGCAUCCCGUUUCUUUCCUUUUGUCCCUUCUCCAGGCUGACACGCACAAGACAGGAGCUCUCUCUGCCUGGCUGACUCCCAUCCAAACCCUUUUAAAAAUUAUUUAUCUGCCUCGUCUUUUGGAAGCGGCCGGCUGGUGUCCCGUCAUUCUUGGCCGGGUUGCAAGUCUUGCGUCCUGAUAGUUCCCAGGCAAGCUAAAUAUGGUUAGCUGAAGCAGGGCCCUCCGAAACCUGCCUCCCUGUGAGUCAGGCUGCUGCGCGCUUCUCCCAUGACCCUCCGUCCUCAUCCUGGCCCAGCCGUCUCUGUGGGCAUGCUGGAGAGAAAAAGCUGUGUGCUGCGCCCAAUCUGGAAAUCAUCUGGGUCGGAUGGUGGAUCCUCUUGCAACGGUUCUUCUCUUGCUGGCUUCUGCUGAAUGAAAGCGCUUCUUUCUGGUGGCAAAGCUGUUGCACCAGCAUCAUUUGUUGCCUGUAGUGGGGGAGAGCAGUGCAGUUCUGCUUUGGCUGGGGCCCGGGCAUUCGGGAAUUGUAGGGAGGCAGGAAGACCAACAGUAAAGGUAAAGGGACCCCAGACCAUUAGGUCCAGUUGUGGCCGACUCUGGGGUUGCGGCACUCACCUCGCUUUAUCAGUGGCGUAGCGUGGGUUGUCAGCACCCGGGGCAAGGCAAGUAAUUUGCGCCCCCUAACCCGUGGAUUUGUGCCCCCUAACCCUAAGCCCCAGAUGUUGCGCCUGGUGCGGCCGGCCCCCCCUGCACCCCCCACGCUACGCCACUGCGCUUUAUUGGCCGAGGGAGUCGGCGUACAGCUUCUGGGUCAUGUGGCCAGCAUGACUGAGCUGCUUCUGGCAAACCAGAGCAGCGCACGGAAACGCCAUUUACCUUCCCGCAGGAGCGGUACCUAUUUAUCUACUUGCACUUGAUGUGCUUUUGAACUGCUAGGUUGGCAGAAGCAGGGACCAAGCAACAGGAGCUCACCCCGUUGCGGGGAUUCAAACCGCCGACCUUCUGAUCGGCAAGCCCUAGGCUCAGUGGUUUAACCCACAGCGCCACCCGCGUCCCAAGACCAACAGUAGGUAGAGUCAAAGCCAUUGAAGGAUAGAGAUACCCCUGGCUGGUUGUAAGUAAGAAGACAUGGAGAUAAGAAGAAAAGGAGAGCCUCCUGGAUCAAGCCUGUGGCUCAUCUAGUCGGGAAUCCUCUUUGCAUGGUGGCCGGCCAGAGGAAAACCCCGCAAGCAGGACCUGAGUGCAGCAGUGUGCAUUUUGUUUUGUUUUACAUGUGACUCCACAUUUACGUGGGGGUUGCAUUCCGAACCCCCCUGCACAUACAAAAAAUUGCGCAAAAUGGGGAGCAGAGUCCUCCUGGCUCCUGAGGAGACCUACCCCAGAGCCCAAAGAAGACCUCUUCAGGCUCCAGGGAGGGUCUCCUCGUGAGCCAGAGUGUCAGCAGGGCUUUGCUGAGCCUUCUCAGCAUCCUUCCUUUCUUCAAACUAUUUUUUAAAUAUUUUAUUUUAAAUUGAUGUGACUCACCCUUGAACCUUGACAGUGAAGGGUAGGUCAUAGGUUGAAUAAAUAAUAAUAUUAACGGGACUAAAGUUAUCUCGCUGCAUGUUUGUGUGUUUGAUAUGCGUGCUAAGAAUGCAAAUUCAUUUCGGUUGUUGUAGAGAGAAGGGUUUCUGAGGAGUGAGCAUGUGUGUCAACUACCCCCUUCCUUUUAACUCUCCAUAAAUGACAUCACAGGGGAAGAAUUUGGGCUGUUGGGUCAACCUGGGGGUAGUAGCCAGGUUGAUCUUCCUUUUCCUAGCAGCUUGGUGACAAAUGCCUUUUUUUUUUUUGCUGUCCCACCCAUAUAUAUCCCUUCGGCCAACACCAUACAGGAAAAUCAGGUUCUGCAGGCCUCUACAUCACCCUGAAGACUGACAGAACCCUCACCCCUCUCUCUCCAGCAGCUGACAGGUCUUUGGAAACAGAUUUUGUAGCACAGGUGAUUCUGGUGGUUGAAAUGCAAGUAGGAAUUAAAUAGGCACCUGUAGCUCUCAACUAGUUCCAGCCCAAAGGCUGGUGCCUCUGAAGAAUUGUGUGGCUGAGCCCUGCUGGAUUGGAGCAAAAGCCCACCUAGUCCUCCAUCUUGCUUUCUGUAGUGGCCAAGCACAUGCCUCCAGGGAGUUCUAACCAAUGGAGCUAUCUAGGCUGAGAGAGAAUCAUAGAAUUGUAGAGUUGGAAGGGACCCAGUGGAUCGUCUAGUCCAAGCCCUUGCAAUGCAGGAAUAUGCAGCUGUCCCACACGGGGAUCAAACCUGCAACCUUGGCAUUAUCAGCACCACGCAGGGCUUGGAGGCAAGAGCUUUCCCCACUGUUGUCCCCUGAACCUGGGUUUUACUUGGCCUUCAUGAUGACUAGUGGCCAUUGGUAGACCUCUUCGCCUCCAUAAAUUUGUCUAAUUGCCCCCUUUAAAAGCCAUUUGAGGUCAUAUGUCCAUCAGCACAUCUUAGGGCAGUGAAUUCUGCUGAUUAGCUAGACAGGGUAUGAAGAAGUUAUGCCGUGGACCCAAGUUCUAGAAGAAUGGGAAACUGGGAGAAAAAACUUAAUUUUUCUCCACUUUCUCCAUACUGCGAAUAAAUGUAUUGUGCCACUUCUUAGUAUUCAAUUUUUCUUCUAAAAAAACUCCCCAGCCUUCCCCAAAUGCUUUAGCUCUGGAGUUCUGAGUGAAAACUGGUUUCUCCUUGACACUGGCUUUCUCUGGUCAAACCACUCUCUCCACACACCUCUGCUCCGUGUCGUAUAGAAAAUGCAGGAAAACAGGUCACCUACAUCACAGGGUUCUUGAGAGUGCAAGCCACAGUGCUUUGUCUCUGUGCUUGUUCGGUUCCUACUAGAUCGGCCUGGUCAGCAGAAAAUGAAAGAUAGCAGUUAAGUGUUGCGCUUUAAAAAAGGAAAAAUAAAUAUUCUUAAAGCCGAGGUUGAUGUUUGGGAUAUUUUAAUUUAUUUUGCCUUUGGGGGAAGGUUUAGAAACAUCCAUCCCAAAACAAAGAAAAUCUGUUUGUGGGCAAGGACAGGUCCCUCUCCUUCACAGACAGAGUUUUCCUUCCACGUUAUAUGUGUGUAAUUGUGUGCACACAAGCACACGCUCCAAGCCAGAAGCAUCCUUUGCCCACGUUCACCUGCCAAAGAAAUUUCAACAACAAAAGGCCUGCUUCUGACGACUGUACUGUCGGGGCUGCAAGACUUGUCACCUGGGAGGCUGAGCUGCAAACACCAAACAGAUGGGGCCUGGGCUGGGGAAGUGAGCAAAGCUGGAAAGCUGAAACGUCCAGAUUGUUCCCAUUCCAAAUCUGGCACACAGCCCCCCCCCUCCAAAGGACACCCCCCCCCCCAGCUCUCGCUCUAACAAGGGCUUUAUUCUGCUAGUUAUAUUUCCACCCGGACUUAUUUUGACACAUUCAUUUCUUUUCUUUCUCUCUUUUCCUGCAGUUGCUUUCCAGGUAGAAAACUGACCGCUUGCCCUCUGCCACUGUUUCCCACCUUUCUGCCAGUUCUUUCAUUUGCUAAUAGCUUCUUAGACUUCGAUUUGAUUUCCCCUAUGAGUAGGGUCACUGAUGUUCCCAUUGUAUGGAUUGGGAAAACUGAGCCAGGGAUAGUGAUUUGUCCAAGGCAGGGUCCUGGACCUAAGGUGGUUGGGACAUGCUAGUAACUGUCACCUCACUCAGCGAUGAUGGGGGAACUCCUCCAGCGUAGAGAAUGCCAUUUUUUCUCAGCUUAAAGCCUGGGGUGUGUACUUACAAACACCUAAAUGCACACUAACAAAGCCAUUUCAUGUGCUGCUUUCACUGUAGGAGAUGUUGAAGGCAAAAGGAGCAAGCUACACUUUCCUGUAGGUUUUUGUGAAAGCUUCCUGCCCAAGCUCUUCAAGAGGGGAGAUUUAAUAUACACAUUUUUAGUUCACCCUUCACUACGCUGUCCCAGGACGGGCUGUGGUCUAAACCACUGAGCCUCUUGGGCUUGCCGAUCAGAAGGUUGGCCGUUUGAAUCCCCGUGACAGAGUGAGCUCCCGUUGCUCUGUUCCAGCUCCUGCCAACCUAGCAGUUUGAAAGCACACCAGUGCAAGUUGAUAAAUAGGUACCGCUGUGGUGGGAAGGUAAACGGCAUUUCCAUGCACUCUGGUUUCCAUCACAGUGUUCCAUUGCACCAGAAGCAGUUUAGUCAUGCUGGCCACAUGACCCGGAAAGCUGUCUGGCUCCCUUGGCCUGAAAGUGAGAUGAGCGCUGCAACCCCAUAGUCGCCUUUGACUGGACUUAACCGUCCAGGGGUCCUUUACCCCCCCCCCUACAUCUCAAUACAGCAAGCAAUGCAUAAACCUUACUAGACCAUGAAUAGAACCAAAUCAGUGGCAGUGAGAAAGAGCAACAGCACUGCAAUGGAAGGGGUUUUCUGACCUCCUCCUUCACCCAAAGCCUGUGCAGAAUGGUGGGUCCUCUUGACCCCAGUGUUGAAAUGUAUACAGCGAUGAGACCAGACGCAGCUCAAAAGGGAGGGCAUUUCACAACUGGGAGGCUACUACAGAGAAGUCCCUGUCAGAGCAUUCCCUGCAGAUCUCAACACCUGAACAUGAGAGAAGUCACUACUUCAGAAAUGUGGGGCCCCAAGUCACUUCGGGCUCUGUAUGUCAAUGUAAGCACCUUCUAGUGGGUUUAAGGUUUUACUAAGUAGCAUUUUAAUCUCUUGUUUUCUUUUAGAUUAUAACCUGCACUUUGGGAUAGAAAUGUGGACUCAAUGAAUAACCUCGUACAGCAUUUGGAUUUUUUGUUUUUAAGUUGCCAGAAUUUGAAGAAUGCUGGCUUCAGAAUAAAGCAAAUCCCCCUUGGUUAAGAGUAGCCAAUCUGCUCUCCAGAUGCUGUCGGACUACAACUCCCAUCAGCCCCAGGAUGAUAGUUCCCCUGCAUCUGGAAAGCACUACGUUGGCUCCCCUCCAUUGCCAUAGAUGUAGGAGUUGUAAGUUUGUCUCUCAGAUUCCCCCCACUCCUUCAGAGGUCUGCCAGUUGCCGCUCCAUCAUAAUGUUGCUCUGUGCCUGAUUGGCUUAGCUCUUUUUGGCAAAAUUAGCUAAAAGCAAGUAAAAUAUGAUCUGCCGGUUUCUCAUCUUCCCCUUCUAAUCGUAAUUCUGUGCUGUUUCCCUACCCUGCUCAGCCCUGCUGUGGUUUCAUGCAAUUACCUGCCAGUUAAUGAGUAUUUCUUCGGAAUUUAAAAGUGGAUGCCUGGACUUCGUGGAAGCAGAGAUCUCUCUAAUAGUGGGCUGUGUGGUUAAUACUGGAAAUGAAUUCCAUAAAGGCUUGGCUUGACUAUUACACGAUCAUUUUUUCUAUACUCAGUUCCACUUCGGUGCUAAAUCAGAGCCUGUACCAAUUGUACCCAAACCAGAUCUGAAGAUGCUGUUCAGUUGGCUCUGAUCAGAUUGAGCAAUGGGUGGUUGGUACUGGCUAUUUGAAGAUGUUAGGGAUUGAAUAUAGGGCCCUCCUGCAUGCAAAGCAAUGACCUAGAACCCCUCCAGUGGUCUACCUAAGCAGGCAGCACCUCAAUAUCUGGUUGUUAACCAGAAGGUUGGUGGUUUGAACCUGCACAAGGAUGGCUGUGGGCAGGAUUCCUGUAUCGCAGGGGGUUGGGCUAGAUGAUCCUUGGUGUCCCUUCCAACUCUUAGAUACUAUAAUCUAUGAUCACUUUGAUCAGGGUUGAGGAACCUGUGGCUCUAAAGAUGUUAAUGGACUACAGCUCCUAGCUAGUGAAGCCAGCGUUCGGGGGGCGAUGGGAGCUGUAGUCCAGCAACACCUGAAAGGUCAUCCCUUUCCUGAGGUAGAGUGUUGAAUUGGCAACAGGGGGAGCUGUGGGCUGCGAGACCCCUGCUCAGCUCUACAGUUCAUUGGGUGACGUUGGGCUAACCACGCUCUUGGCCUACCUCGCAGGGUCGUUGUGAGGAGGAAAGGGGAGGGACCAGGCACCCCACUCCGGGCUCCUUGGUGGACAGGGUGGGAAUAAUAAAUGAAAUAAAUGAAAUGGAGGUAGUUGGGAGUGCUCAAAAGGGUGGAUAAAUGGCAAAAGGUGUAGCGAAUUGUUUUCCAGUGGCAGCCGGGUUGGAAACCUAACUUCAGAUGAGUCUUCUCAGAGGGAGAGAGGGAAGGAAAUUUCAGGAGAAGAAAGGACAGGGCUAAAUAGACAGAAUAAUGCUAAUUUUCUAAUCUUGUGUAUUCUUAAAGCUGCUUGUUAACAGUGUCAUGGUUCCUAUAUGUCUAUUAAGGAUUAAUCCUCUUCUCCCCCCAGAAUUGGAGUCUUCAGCAUAUAGUGUCUAUACUUCAUUUUCAUGUCCAUGGAACCUGCAGUGGGUGUAUCUCUUGCUUUAGAUGCCCCCAAAUGACCUUUGGGGGGGGGUUCAUUUGAGCAGCUUUUAUCUGACAACACAGUUGGACAGGGCUGCCCCCGUACCCAUUUGGGACCUGCAUAGGACCUUUGCUGCAGAUGGAUCUUGGCUCGAAAACCUCAGCAGCCCCCUCCUCUGCUUCCCCCACCCCCUCCCUUCGUUCAGGCAGAACUCGGUGGGCGUUUGGAAACUGGAGACGUUUUUCGUGGAGAAUCGGGUCUCUGUUUCCAGCCGGUCUCUGCUGUGUCCUUUGCCCCGGCUUGGAAAGUUCCCCAGGGCUCCUUGCGGCCUUCUGCGCCCUGAAUAAAGCCAUUGUGUUGGCGGGCUCCCACUCGCCUUCCCAAAAAGAGGGAGGGGAGAGGAGGGGUGGACCCCUCUGAACUCUUUCCUCAGGCCUGAGGCCUGCCUGACAGGGGGGAGGGUUGCCUAGUGAGUGAGUUCCCAGUCCAGAAGAAGAGCGAAGUUGGUUGGGACUGUGAUUCCUAAACAGAAAUGCAUGCAGGAGUGAAGAAACCUUUCACGAGUUCAUUCCCCCUUGCCAUUUCCAUCUGUCUCAAAUGCUGGUGGGACCAAGCUCUCACUUUCGCCAACUGGCCUGCGCCCCCUCCCUCACAUGCACAACCCCCUCCUUUCCCUGAGAGCGUUGGCAGCAGCUGAUCCGACGUGCCAGCCACGAGCCGGGUGCCAGCUUUCGGACAGCGGGCUAACAAAAGGCACGUUUUCUGACUUGUGCUGAGUGGCGCACGCUAGGCAAUUCUUGGGCCAUGAGCUCAUGGCACCGGCAGGAAAUGGUUGGUGCCAAGGGGGGGGGGCGUUGUAGAUGGAUGAGGAGGGCACAUGGGUGGACUGGUAUUCUGACAUCAACCUUCGCGUGGCUUGACUUGGCUUUGCAGCUUCCUGCCCUCCAGGCAUGGGGGAAGCAAAGUCUAGAAAUGGAGGCGGUUUUGCGAUGAAGAUUUCUGCGAAGCUUGAAAGCUUGCCCAUUCCUACCUGCACUUUUAUCUCAGUUGCCCCAAUAAUGAAGAACCUCUUUUCUUUUUUCUUUUAUCUACUUUGGCUCUCUUCAUAAAUUCCAUCCUUCCGACAGUCUGUAUAGUCAAAAUGUUUCAGCUGUGUCACAUUUUCCAUCUAUUUAUCGACCUCUGCAGUGCAGGCUAUUUUAGGCUGAUUUUUUUUAAAUAUAAUUCUUCCUUUCCUUUCCUUGAUUCUCUUUCUGUGCUGGAGAGGGGGCAGUCCAAAUUUGGAAUAUUGGGAUAAAGAGUUCACCCAGAAGCAGCCCGUGGACCACGGAUACGAGGAUUAUUUUUCCCCCUGUGAAAGGAUGUGCAUCCCUUUGAGGGGGGUAUUUUGGGGUCCAGAGUUGAUGGUGGAGAGCGAUGUAGCCAGCAGCGGGAGGAACCAGACCCCAAAGUAGGGUACCCCUUUCCCCCAUCUCUUUCUUUCCUUCUACCCCUUCUUUCUCUUCCUCUCCACCCAACAGCUGCCAAGGGGUACAGAUACCUUGCCAGUGGUGUGAACUGAUUGCUUACCUUGCAAUCUUCUCUUCUUUCCAUUACACCAUCUAUUUUGCUUUUCCUCUCCCUGCAGAGUCCAGUCUUCCACCUCACAUGUCUGAAAUUUUGGUUCCCCUUUUUUUUGCUGUAGGCGUCUAGAUCCCACAAAGAUCAGUUCUUAGAAGUCUUGGAAAAGUCUGCUCAGUCUUAUGACGCCGGCUUCCUGCAAGCUUAUGAGGGGGGCUUGACCUUGUUGUAUAGAAAUAUAUUUGCUGUGAUGGAGGUUAUAAUAGUCUUUAAGGCUAAAUGUAGUGAAUAUUGAUUGCAAUUUACAGUAACUGGGCUGCAAGGGAGAGAGGGAGAGAGAUUUUCAUAUUUCCCUCCGUGAUGGAGAGUGGGGUUUUCCUGCCGGAGAGACGGCUCCAUCCUUCCUUGCCCACGGUUUCUACGCCAUUAAGUCUUCCUCACUGCAAGCUUAUGCUCCAGUUUCCUUUGCAGCUCACUAAUGGUUUCCUGCCUUUAUUAACCUUUUGCUUAAUUGAGUUGGGGGGUGGUUUACAUCACCCUGACUCAAUAGGAUCAUACUGGGGUGGGGAACUAGAUGCCUGAGGGGCCAAAUGUGGCCCUCUAGGAACACAUGUGAUGUUCAAACAACGUUAGUGGGAUUUCAAGAAGCACUGUGAAAUUUGAGAUGUAUUGUUAAAAGAAAUAAGAGAAGUGGGAGGGAAGAUUAAUGACAAUACUAAUGAGAAGGAAUGCGUAAUUAAGAGGUAAAGAUGGAUGAUUGACAGAGAAGCUGAGGGAAGUCCAAAAAGAGAGAAUUUGUUUGUUAAAGAUUGGCUAAAAUUGUAUGUUUGUGUUGUAAAUCAAUAAAAAUUGUUUUUUUAAAAAAUGUGGCCCUCUAGGCCUCUCUUUGCGGCCCUUUAGAGGUGUUUCUGCCUGUCUUGAAUUCUGAUAAUUCUUUAAUCUAAAGGCAGCCCUAUAUUGGGGGAUUUUUGAUGGUUUUAUCAUGUUUAUUGUGUUUUUAAAUAUACUGUAAGCUGUCCAGAAUGUGCGGGAUAUAAAUGUUGUUGUUGUUGUUAUUAUUAUUAUUAUUAUUAUUAUUAUGAUGCUGGUUUGGGUGCAGGCUAGGAAAGGGAGUGUGUAAAAGCUUGCCUACUGUAAAGGGGUAAAAAUUAUAUCCAUUGCUCCACCCAAUUUUUGUCUCCAUCAGUCUUGUCUGUUUGCUAAGCAAACGUCUGUGUUUGCACACCACAAACUUGAGGCCAGUCUCCCCUGCAACUCCUUUGCUUAAGAGUCUGGGUCUUCCGCCUCUGGCGCCAAAGUCUUUUGUAUUGAUCCAAAAGUUCCUUGCUACCUUCGGGGGGGGGGGGGCUUCCUUCCCUUGUCUCCCCCUCCCCCAAUCCCUGGUUCUAAUUACCCUAGUUCAGAUCUGCAAUUAGUAAUUUUGGGAUUUCAGGUGAGCUCUACCAAGAGAAGGCAGGCUGUCUUUCUGGGGAUAUUGUUCUCUAGGUGGGCAUUGUCUUCCAUUCAUACUUUUGGCUGAGUUCUAGAUGGGCCGGAUCCAAUCUUGGGGGAAAGGGACAUGUGUCCUUGAGGGAUACAGUCUCUGUGGAUCUUUUCUUGGUCAUUUGAAAUGGAUACAGCGAGGGGGUGAGGGGAGCUUCUCCCACAGGUCUGGUUACCACUCUGUUUUAUAUACUGCAAAUUGUUUUACCCUCUCUUCUGUUUUGCCUUCACUCCCCGGAGCCCCAACCAUAGCAUCAGAUCGAUUUGAACUCAUUACUUCUCCCCUGGAGUCCAGCCAGAGGCUCCAUUAUCUGUGCUGAGCCGGGAAUCAGCCCAACCACCGGCCCACCUGCAAGCUUCCGUCUGUUCCUCCCUGACUCCUUGGAGAUGCUUUGAGGGUGCAUAGAAGGGGCUGGAGAAAGGGGGGGCAGGUUGAGGAGAGAGUCAACUCAGCAUGUUUGCUUUCUCUCUUGCGCGGUUCAGUAAUGAUAUCUAGUUUCUUUCAAGCCAUUUAAGUGAGCCACCCCUUUCCCUCUAUAUUUCUCUCUGCCUUUUGUCAGAGAACUCCAAAGUCUUGUCAUAAAGCAUGUCAGACCUUGUUCUGAAGGCUGGGUGCUUUCUAACAAUUCAUCCCUUCCACGUUGAAGCUCCAACCCCUCUCCACCCCUCUCUGCAUCUCCUUUCAUCAAAGACUGCAGCGCUUAAAACCAUCUCCCGUUGUCCUUGGAGUGACUUAGUUCCUGCAUCCAGGGCUGGGGACAAGAAGUAUGCAGCUAGGAAGGAAGGCAGUCGGAAGGGAUUGAGGGAUGUGCUCAGGGUUUCUCUUUCCCAGCAGUGGGGAAUCUUUUCCAGCCCGAGGGCCACAUUCUGUUCUGGGACAGCUUUCUGGGGGCCGCAUUCCAGUGGCGGGCAUGUCCACGGGCAAAAGUGGGGUGGCUCAAUGAAUGUGAACACUUUGUUGUAGUUUAGUCGUUUAGUCGUGUCCGACUCUUUGUGACCCCAUGGACCAGAGCACGCCAGGAACUCCUGUCUUCCACUGCCUCCUGCAGUUUGGUCAAACUCAUGCUGGUAGCUUCCAGAACACUGUCCAACCAUCUCGUCCUCUGUCGUCCCCUUCUCCUUGUGCCCUCCAUCUUUCCCAACAUGGUCUUUUCCAGGGAGUCUUCUCUUCUCAUGAGGUGGCCAAAGUAUUGGAGCCUCAGCUUCAGGAUCUGUCCUUCCAGUGAGCACUCAGGGCUGAUUUCCUUAAGAAUGGAUAGGUUUGAUCUUCUUGCAGUCCAUGGGACUCUCAAGAGUCUCCUCCAGCACCAUAAUUCAAAAGCAUCAAUUCUUUGGCGAUCAGCCUUCUUUAUGGUCCAGCUCUCGCUACCAUACAUCACUACUGGGAAAACCAUAGCUUUAACUACCGUAUUUUUCGCUCUAUAACACGCACCAGGCCAUAACACGCACGUAGUUUUUAAGAGGAGGAAAACAAGAAAAAAAAUAUUCUAAAUGAAAUAGUGGAUAUAUGAUUUUUGUGGUUCAUGCUGUGGCCACAGACAUGUGAUCUGACAGUGAGUUUGGAGUAGCCAAAUGCAAAAAUCCUGAGGAUCCAUGUGGAUCCAUGCUUUGUAACCAUGGAGGAGAGAAGGAAGGGAAACCAUGGAUCCUCUGCUCACGACUGCAGCAGAUCCCCCCUGCCACCCGCAGGCAUUUGCUCCAUAACAUGCACAGACAUUUCCCCUUACUUUCUAGGAGGAAAAAAGUGAGUGUUAUGGUGCAAAAAAUAUAGUAUAUGGACCUUUGUUGGCAAGGUGAUGUCUCUGCUUUUUAAGAUGCUGUCUAGGUUUGUCAUUGCUUUUCUCCCAAGAAGCAGGCGUCUUUUAAUUUUGUGACUGCAGUCACCAUCUGCAGUGAUCAUGGAGCCCAAGAAAGUAAAAUCUCUCACUGCCUCCAUUUCUUCCCCAUCUGUUUGCCAGGAGGUGGUGGGACCAGUGGCCAUGAUCUUAGUUUUUUUGAUGUUGAGCUUCAGACCAUAUUUUGCGCUCUCCUCUUCCACCCUCAUUAAAAGAUGUAAACGCUACCUUAGAGCAAUAUACUAGUUUCUACACACUCAAACCACCCAUCUUUAACCUCCAACCUGGCAAGGAAAAGGCAUUAUCACAGCUCAGUGACACAUUCUGGCCAGGCAAGGAAUGGCUGAGGAGGAAGUAUCACCUGGAGAAAAUCCUGAGGACCAAAUACACUAAGGAGCUGAUGUUCUCUCUGCCAUGCCGCCUGCCCAUUAGCUGGUUGAAUUUUCAUCUCCAGCUGGGCAUGGACCCAGGUGUCAAUGGUUCUCAGCCACCAGCUAGUUAGUAAAAGGCUGGCUCUAGAACGUGACUCUGUGGCCGGCUUAGUGACGCAUUACAUGACAGGGCAAAUGCUCAUCCACUGGGCUUAUGGCCCAUCUUUAACUGGAUUUUCAUAAAUGUCCCUGUCAGUUGGAUGGACAUUUUUCUGGUUCAGCAGUAAAAAGCAAAUAUGAUAGAUGGGACCAGGCGACCCAUGUCCGCAGUUGUGUGUGACCUAAAGGACGUGGAGAAAUUUCAUGUAGAACCUUUGCCAACCUGGUGCCCUCCAGAUGUUUGAGACUACAGCUCUUACCAGCCUUGGCCAGCACAACUGUGCUGGUUGGCACCUCUCAGACGUUUUGAGUUACAGAUCCCAAAGUUACCAGGCUCCCAGUGGCUGUUACAGUAAACUAAAGAAAUGGAAGAACCAAAUUAUAGGUGCUGCUUUCUCAGUCUGUGGAAGAGGAAGUUUAAGAAAUGGUGAACGGCACGCACCAGUGAAAGGAGAAGUUUGAAUCUUGGCUGGUGUUAAUGUAAAAAUUGCUCAAGCUGUCAAACAGGGGAGUUGAACAAACAAGAGGGCCCAGCAGUCUUGAAAGCUGCACAAGAGGGUUUUCAUCUGUGACCCUUCUUCUACAUUUGGAAAAAGCAAUAAAAGUGUCCAGUGUUACUUUAAGAGGCAGGAGGAGCUGUAUAUUCAGAACAAGCACCCUCCAACUCAAGGAGGAGGUGCUAUGCUGUUUCUAUCAUACUUGUAGGGUUUCCAUGGGCAUUUGGUUGGUCUCUGGGUAUUCCCACCUCACAAUUUUCAGGUGGGAUUAAAUUACACACAACAAAAUGUCUUCCCCCUCUUUUUUUAAACGGACUUUUAGAGGUAAGGAGGUGACAGGAAGAUGUGCUGGAUAACAUUUGCUUGACGCAGUGUUGUCCAGCCUCCUAGCAAGCAAGUUGUAGUGAAUGCUAAAUAAACAGGUUGUCUGGAAGUGACUUGUGGGAAGAGGACUUGGGAACUUGGCUCCCAAAUGUUCUUACAUUAGCUAUGGCUGAGCUUCAUAGAAUGGUGGUCUCUUAAUGGCCACCGAUCUUGAGUGACCAACCAGAUGCCCAUCAUGGGUUUCCUUUUCCUUUUCUUAUUUUUUAUAUUUUUUAUUUCUUGCUCACAAGUGCAGAAUAGGUGUCCCUUUUCCCCCCUGCUGCCUUGUGAGGGGAGUAUUCCAAGAGAAAAAAAAGCUAUGGGCAGGAUGUGGGCUUUUGUGGCAGUCUGUCCCCUGCAGCCCACAAUACGGGCACUGAACCCCAGUCCCAGACAUAGCAAGGCGCCAUUUUGGAAGAACCACUCUCUGCUUCUCUUGUGUGGUUGGUGGCUGUGUGUGUUACUUCUGUGGCAGAGCCUUUCCCUGCUGGUUGUCAGAAUUAAAUUUCUGACCACCAUACUUGUGGGUCCUUGAUUCAGAAUUAUGUUGUCAAAAAAAGAUGCAUGUGAUUAACUCUUGUUAAGAUGAGGCUAUAGAAACUUGGGAAGAUAAGCAAGUUGAGAAAGCUGAGAUGGUCACUGAAGGCAAUGGUGGUCUUCUCCAACGUUCCCCUUUAGGGGUUCAGGUCUUCUCAGAGGGUUCUUGCUGUCAUAUCCUGCUUCUGGCCUUUCCAAAGGCAUCUGGGAAAAAAACCUCCUUCCCUGCAGACCAUCCUUGGCUUUAGGAUCAGCUAUGGGGUCUAUUGGUAGUUCAACCACCCUCAGAGGUUUGGAGGUCGUGGUGGAAGCCUUUGAGAGGCCCUAGGCUGUGGAAUUCCCUCUCUAAAGAGGUCCAUCUGAAAUCUUCAACAUAUAGUUUAAAUUCAGUGUUGCAGAUGCACCUCUUUACCCUUGGCUUUGACAUCUAGUGAACGUGUUUUAAGACCAACCCUGCUAUUGUGACUGUAAGUUGUUUUAAACUGUUCUUAAUGCUGAUUUUUAAAAUUGCUGUAAGCUGCCCUGGGACCUGGCGGUGGGUUGGUCUCUUGCUGUUUGUGGAAGCAGUUUCUCAGUAGCACAUGGAAGCAACACCGGCGUCUCUCCCUCCCUUCCCAAAUCUGCUUUAUCCAGAUAAAGCAAAUAACAUCAGCAGAAGUAAUUUGGGAUUUCCUUGUAGGAUGGAGGUGGGGUGGGGGUGGUACUCUAAUCCCACCAGCUAAAUGCACAUGUAAUGCCAUAUAUACACGUCCAAGCCUUUUCUGUUUGUCUGUUGUCUGGAUGAAUCAAACCCCAGCAGAUGUUCAACAAAAGGGCCAUAUCCCCCCAGACGGGUCCAGCAUCCUGCUUGGGGGAUCUGUGAUGUCAUCGCGGAACAAAUGGGAGGUGGGGAAUGGGCGGGCAGGAUAUCGCUGGUGGUGAGGAGGAAGAAGAGAAGAGGGUAAUUGGAGCAGCCUGGCAGGUCUGCCCACAGCUGGGGUUGAAUAGAAACCUACUUGUGUAGGGGCCUAAUCUCCGGAUCCUCCACCUGUUCCCUUGCAAACAGCGUCUGGAAAGUCACUUUAGUGGGUGCAGCCAAUUUCCCUUUCUUGGGCUUGAUAGAAACAGCAGCCUCUGUGUGUGCAUCUUGGAGGAAACACAGCUGCUGUUUCUCCUGUCCUUCCAGACUUUAAAAAUAAGAAUAAAAGCCCCGGGCCAAGAUAGGCCUGGAAAAAGGCCAAUUAUGUGACUCACAGAAAGGAUUCCUACCAUUCACCUGUGAAUUUUCGAUAAAUUUUAUGUCUGCUUUUUCGAGUUUGAUCUUAUCGGCAUUUUAUUAUGAAUAUUUUAUAUUGUUCUAUGUAAACUGUUUAAAGGGGUCUUUUUUUGCUGAUUAAGGGGUAUAUGCAUCUUGAUUGGAAAAUAAAGAAAUGUGCCAGCCUCUGGGAAAUGGAACAAGGGAGAAGAUUUUUUUUUACUGAGGAAACUAGUCUUCAGUAUAAAAUAAGGGAAGCAGUUGUUUUUUAGUGUAAUAUAGAAUUCCUCACAUGGGGAUGGUUUGAGGGUGGGAUGGGAUACAGGGUGUGUGGCUGAGUUAGAAAGUCUUAUUGGCUUCUUGCAUAAGGUGGAAGCCCCUUCCAACUGAAGAGACACACUAUCAUGAACUGGGAAACAUUCAUAAAGGAAGUGUACUCUGCACAUGCUCUGAGGUACUUGGCUCGUAGGGUUAGGAUGGUGAUGAUUAUACACUCUCUUUUUUCCCUUUCCACACUGGCAGCUCUUUGAUGCUCAAGGGGUACAUAUGUAAGCUGGUUUUAUACCAAUUUCAACUGUCAUGGCUUCCCUCAAAGAAUCCUGAGGCUUUCUGUGUAGCCAAGGUGCUGAAUAUUUGGCAAAAGAGCCAGAAUGGUUUCCUAGAGAGGCAGAAAUGACUAUUGAACCAGUUUAAAGACUUUCUGGGGUAAAUAUGGAAUGACCUCUCCAGGAGUCUCCAGGGGAGAGGCCUUCAGAGACCAGCCAUCCACCCUGUUGCCAAGCAACCAGUACAGUCAAUGGGAAAUUCACAUAAACUUAUUGAUACUUGGAGGGGACUGUGGGGGAUUCUUUUCUAAUUUGUUUUAGUGAUGUGAAAAUGCCUCUUUAAAGACGAUGCUUGCUACCUGCAGUUUUUAAAAGCACUUGUAUUCUUUUUUUUUAAAAAAAAUUAAUCCUGUCUGCGGUUAAUCUUUUUUUUUUAAAAAAAAAGUUUUUAUUGCUAUAAUCCAGAACUGUGGGUGCUGUGGGCCCCCAAAUAUUGGUGGAGUUCAAUUAUCUCUGACCAUUGGCCAUACUCCUUAGGGCCCUAUCUGCAUUAUACAUUUAAAACAGUAUCAUACCACUUCAAACGGUUGCACCUUUCACACAAGGAUAUUGGGGAAACUAUAGUUCAUAGUGCUGAGUGUAGUUAGGGAACCGCUUUUCCUCUCAGAGCGCUACAGUUCCCAGAAUUUAUUGGGAAGAUGGAUCGACUGUUAAAUCACUCUAGAAACUAUAGCGUUGUGAGGGGGGAAAGGGAUUUUGCCUAACAACUCUCAGCAGCCUUAACAGGAUUCUUUGAGGGAAGACAUGACUGUUUAAAGUGGUAGGAUGUUGCUUUAAAGAUAUAUUGUAGCCAGGACCUAGGACAGAUGGGAUUUGGAGUUCAACCACAACUGCAGGACCACAGCAUCUCCACCCCUGGAUUAAUGGGUGUGAACUGUGGUAAAAGUAUGAUAACAUAUGGGAAAAAGAACAAAUUCUCCUUUGCUUUUAAGUGGGUGUGGUACAGAUGUGAAAUAUUGCAGGGUACGUGAGUUGUACUGUCUUUUUUUUGGGGGGGGGGGUGGAAUCAUAUUGCCAAUUUAUUAUAUGGUUAGUAUUCAGACAAUUAAUGGUAGGGGUUUUAAUUGUACAAAUAUUCAGUUCAUUAAGUGGUUAGAUUUGAUGUGUGAGAAAGCAGUCAACCGUUCUAAAGAGAAAAGCCGUACUUUCUUUUUUAGAUCAUGUGUGCAGGUGUCACACCUGGUGUCUCAGAAGGGUUAGUCCCUUUUAUGUCCCAGGAGGCAAGGCUUCUUCUAAAAUGAACCUGUGGGGUCCCCCCUUUUUUUUUAAAAAAAAAGGCUCUAAAAUGGGCAAUCAAAAUGAUUAAGAGGAUGGGUGUUUCUGAAUACCAGUUGCUGGAAUCCCCAGGAGGGGAGAAUGCCGUUACACUCAUGUCCUGCUUCUAGCAGCCGGAUUAUUAUAUUCUUAUAAAUACUUGUAUUUUCGUUUGUUUGUUUUUUAAAAAAAUGUUUCCCAGAAACGUAACCAUUUAACCAACUAGAUGUUGCAGCCGCUGAUGCUUAACAUUGUGUGAAGAGCUUGCAAGGAAGGGAGACUAAAAUAAUCCGUGGAACAAGUUAGUCUUGCAAAUAUUAUGGGCUUUUGCCUGCUAGGAAAUUCACACAAUGGGCAUGGCAUUCCUUCUUUCACUUGUUGGAGGUCCAAAAAAGAAUACAGUGGACCCUCUGGAUAAGAACUUAAUUCGUUCACAACCCAAAAAUAAUGUAAAUAGAGGCGUGCUUCUGCGCACGCGCACAGCGCGAUUGAGCACUUCUGUGCAUGCGCGUGCGGCAAAACCCAGAAGUAUACAUUUCCAGGUUUGCCGUGACCAUAACCCAAAGAUUCCGUAUCCAGAGGGAUACGUACGUAGAGGUACGACUGUUUAUUUUACCAGAGAGGAUUGGAAAGGGAGGACAAAAAUUGCUCUCCCUAGAAAGCAGCUGAGGUGUUGCCUGGAGUUCUUACCUCAAAUGUUUCCUCCCCUCUUUCUCUCAGGAGGAGCGGAUAGCAAUGUGGCAGUCUAUAUGCCGGAUUUGGUGGAGGCAAAGCUUGGGGAUACAGCCAUUAUCAAAUGUGAAUUCGCCCUCCCAGAGAAUGGCAGCUACGUUUAUGUCAACUGGUACUCGGUAAGUCAAAAGAGGGUUUGGGAAAGGUUGCUUUGGGGAGAGGGUUGGGAAUGGAGAAACACCACAGUCCCCUCCUUAACUUGUGAAGGCAAGAAGUGCAUAGUGGGCCAGGAACAUGUUCUCUACCCUUGUUCCCAGCUUCCCUAUGGGCUCCUCUUCUGACCUUCUCCUGUUGAGUGUGGAAGGUUGAAGAGGGCUUCUAAGUUCAUUCUGCUUAGAGAACCAUCCCCGCAGUCUAGAACUCUGCACUAUCAGGGUUCAGAAUUAUGAGGAGGCUUCCAAGUGCAUUCAGCUGACCAUGCGUAGAAAGCCCCUUUUGAUGCAAUGUGUUAAGGUUGGGGAUAGGGCAGCUGUCGGACCCAGCAUGUAUUGGGGACAUUGUGAUGCCAGUGCAUGGGCACCUAGUUCCUUACACACCUUUUUCUUGAGUAUUUUAAACUGAACACCUAAAGAGGACUUGUGUCCUUGUGCUUUCAUUGGGCUCAACCAGAGUUGAAAGUGAAUGGAAGCUUUUGAGUGAUGCAGAGCUAUUUGUCACUCUGGAGGAACACUCUGAAUCAUGGAAUCAAAGGAUUAUAGAAUUGGAAGGGACCACAAGGGUCAUCUUGUCCCAGCCCCCUGCAAUGCAGGGAUCUUUUGCUAAACAUGGGGCUUGAACCCUCAAUCUGCAAUUAGCCCCUUCACAUUCCAUUGUGCUUGUCCGCUUUGUCCAAAGCAUGAUCUUGUGCAUUAAUCAUAUUCCCCUCUCCCCUGGUCUCCCUUUUAAAUCCCAUUUUUCAGCAAUCCUUUGUUGUAUCUCACUGAAAUCUCUCAUUCUCUGCUUGCACCAGGUUCCCUUCUACCCCCACCCUCACUGCCUUUUUAUUAGUUCUUACCUCUCCUGCCAACCCUAUGUCUCUAGCCUUACAGCGUAAUUCCUUUGGGCUGAGGUCUUUACUAUGUUAAGCUGAAUGUGGAAAGACUUAGGAUAGACAAAAGGAAGUACUUGACACUGUACAUAGUUAAACUAUGGAAUUUGCUGUGACAGGAUGUAGUGAUUACUGCCAACUUUGGGCAGUUUUAAAAGGGGAUUAGAAUAUUCACAGAGGACAAGAAUAUUGUAACUCCUGUAUCAGAGGCAGAUUGCCCUUUGACUACCACUUGCUGGCGAACACAUGUGGGAAUGGACUGUUGCACUCUUAUCUUCCUUGUGGGCUUUCCAUAAACAUCCGUUUGGCCACAGUGGGAACAGAAUGCUGGAAUAGGUGGGCCUUUGCUCUGAUCCAGCAGGACUGAGUUCUUACAGGCUUUCCCACACUGCCAUCGUGUGGCAAAUCACCCACUGGGCAGUCCCUCUAGGAGGAAAAAGCUCCUCCACUGUGACCUAACCCUGUUUCAAAGAAACUUCAGUAAAACAAAUUUGGGGUUUAUUUGAAUGAAGGCAUUCUAUAACUGUAGGCACCAGGGAACAUCUCAUUCUAACACUUAGACAUUUUAAAUACUGGUGAAUUUAUUUAUUAUUUCACAAAAUUUAUGUAUCACUUGAUUGUAAGAAAACCAAAGUGGUUUACAAAAUAUACAAAAAUAUAAUAUUACAAAAUAUUACAAAAAUAUAAAAGCAUUAAAAUUCUCAGUAAAGCACAGUUAAAGGCACUUAAAAAUAUUCAGAAUGUCCCUUCUGAACAUCAGUGCAACAGAGAGAGCAUGCAGACAUUCAGGAAAUCGCGAUCAAGGGGAGGCUGUUUGUGGCAGGAGCAAUCUAUGCACUAUGCUUAUUGGUUGGAAUCUUGUGACAUCAGAAACAAACCCACGCUUCCUGGUCCAUUCAUAAAUGGACUGAAUGAUCUUUUAAAUGUGUAAAAGCACGGGCAGCUGUUUAAACAGCAGCAACAGUAGAAGUUGAGCUUCAUUCACAGAAAGCGUCAAAGCUGGAAAAAAUGCUUCAAACUCCUCCUGUGUGUUACCAACCUUCCAUGCUUCUCCCAGGUAUUUGCAAACUUGAAUGUCCCUGUGCUCCUGAACAGCACCUAGACUUCUUUUACUUUUGGAAGUCAGGACUCUUAACCCUUCCUGGCCUUCUCCACCCAUGGACAGCUGUCAAGUCCUGUUGCCACAGGUGCUUCUCUCUCUUCAAACACACAUCCUCUCCUACUUGGCGUUGGCUACUGGCAGCAGGGCAUGCAUGACCUUGGAUGGGAGGGCCGGGUUUUGCCCUCUAUUUGCACUGCGGCAUUGUAGUGCGUGCUAUCUCUCUCUCCCUGAUGUUUUAGAUGGAGAAGGGCAAAAUGGAAAGGAGGAAGAUCAUCUACAUGGUCCAGGGCAAAGAACACCAAGAUGAGCCUCUCAAUGACCGGUUAAGCAUCACACCUGAUUUCUUCCUGAAGAUUAACAAGGUGGUCCUGCAGGAUGCCAAGAAUUACGUGUGCCAGGUGGGGUUCGGCAUGCACGGCGUCGCUGAGAACCGGAGUGAACUGCGCGUCUCCAGUGAGUGGUUCUGGGGGCCCUUAUCCUACACAGGUGAAAUACACAGUGUUUUUGCAAUCCAGACCUUCCUCGGAUUGCAUACCUUGCUGGAUUGCAGGUGGGGCAUGUGCUUAACUGUCCACAGGCAACCACACAGCACCCCCUUCAUCCCAACUAGAUUUGUUGUUAGUCACUGGGAGGCACAUCCUGUGGUUGCUUCGUCACUGUGGUCCCCUGAACCUCACAGAAUGGCUGUGCGCCUGAUGCGUAGUUGCACCAAGCUUUUCUCUUCUUUUUUAAUGCCCCCUCUGCCCCUGUUACCAUGACACUUUCUCUACGCUCUUGGCCCUUGUUCGUGCCACAGUCGUGGGUUGGUUUGACAUUUGUAUCCCACCUUCCUCCCGUAAGGGAACCCAAGGUGUAGUGCACAUUUGGUUCCCACAUACUGAUCAGACUCGGGUCUCCUUACAUUUAGAAAGGUGGCUGCUUCAAAGCGGCUUCAGAACACACCCUGGGACCCAAACUUUGUUCUUCUGGAGUUUGGUGGCAGCCUUUUGCACUGGGGAGGCUGGGUUUUAACCCACUUGCGCUAAUAUUUAUAGAGGUCAGCCUUGUAAAUAAGCCCACAACAGUUGCUGGUCCAUAAUUCUUGUUUAUGUCAUGGUGACCAUGGAAGAGGGGAAAGACUCUUCCUUUGCACCUAGCAUGGAAAUGCAGACCUUAAGCCAGGCUAGUAAAAUAAUUGCCUUCUGCCAGCUGCCUAGCAGAGGAGGAACACAGUAAGCCAUCCCUCCUUCCCCCAGACCAGUAUGGAAACUGGGUGGGCUAGCAGAAGAGGGACAAACAACCCAUCUCUCCUCUCCCUCUUGAGUUACUAAAUGCAAGGCUCGGGAUUGGGCCUUCCAUGCGCAUGACCCUCUGCUAAGAAGAGGAGAACAGGACCCAAGGAGUUUACAUCUCUGAAGUCCAACACUGGGGCAGGGGAGGGAGAAGUGACCAGAGGAUGAAUAUAUGGUUAUUUCAGUUAACACACUUAAGCUUGGUUACGGUAGAAUAUGGGUUCCGCCAAGGUUGAUUUUGAGGAGAGAUUUGAAGCAAGUAAGAGAGGUGGACUUGUGCUCGUUGUAUAGGAGUCUGUUCCAGGCUUAUGGUCAAGAAGGGCGAAAAGAGUGAAGCCUUUUGAAGAGGGAAAAUACCUUUGAAUGGUGGUGUAGCCAGAGGAAUGAAGGUCAUUGAUGAGGGUGAGUUAGGAUAUGAGAGCAGAGAGUUGAUGGGGCACUGAAGGUAAGAGGGCUUAUUGUGUGUCCAUUUUGGCCAUGGGGCUUAUCGCACAGUAAGAGGACAUGCCCAGCAGAGUCUAGGCUGUGGUUGUUUUAUUCCCUUCUGCCUCACCACUUAGCCCUGCCUGGUUUCUUUCUUCUUUUAGAAGCUCCAGAAAAACCUGAGAUUCAGAAGACUAAUCGUGGUAUCAGCACAGGAGACCCUCAUUUGAGUGAGGUAAGAACUGUGCUGUGUUUAGUGCACCUGCAAUUAUUAUUAUUAAUUACCUGCCCUUUACCAUAACGUCCCAAAUUAAUAUACAACUUUAAAAACAGUUUAAAACUUGCAAGUAGGGAGGGAGAUGGUCUUUCGCCUGUUUGGGUCCUGAGUUGUUUAAAGCUUUAUAUAUGAGUACUUUGAAUUGGGCCUGGAAACAACCUGGCAGUUGCACUUCACAAAGUUGUAUUUGGUAUCUGCCACAGAAUUCUUCAUCCCUCGCCUUCUCUGCUUAUUAAUAAUUUUUUUAAAAUAUACACUUUGCAGGUUUGUAGUUAUUUUGGUCCAGCAGGUAAGUUUGUAAAUGUUGAGAUGUCUCCAAAACUAUAUGGGUUCUGAGUAGGAUUAUUCCUUGCUCUUGUUUGGGCACAAAGUAGAGAGCCUUGGCUAUGUGGGAAUCUGCAGACAGUAGAAGUACUCCUUGAAUUACACUCAAACCAGGCUAAACCUAGAGUAAGGUUACCAGAUUUUUUUCAAUGAAUCCAGGGACACUUUUCAACUUCAAUCGAUUUUGUAUGGGGACUGAUUUGUAAAUCCGGGGACUGUCCCCGGGAAACGGGGACAUCUGGUAACCUUAACCUAGAGGCAAAUCCUAGCCCUUUUGUCUCAUCUAGCAGUGGAAUGGAAAGGGAGAGAAGCCUAACAUUCUCAAGAGAGCCAAAUUUGACUAUUGCUAGCAGUAAGGGGGAUGUUGCAGUAAAGACUACAUUUUUUGCUGAAGCAGCAAGAAUGUAAUUUUAGCACCAAAAAAUCACUAGGAGUACAACACAGUGGUGCGUUAGAGACUUUGCACAGCCCACAGCUAUCAAGAUAUCGUAAAGGAGACUAUGAGCCAAUUGCCCAGCCUUGAUUUAUGGAAGUGAUGUUUUGUUGCACUAGCAGGAAGCCUUUUUAUGUAAUCUGGUCUGGAUCUAGAAUGGAACAAGAUAAAUCAGUCUGGGAUUUGAACCCGUGGACUAUAAGCUCUGAAGAGUAUGGAGUGUUUGAGUCUGUCUGUCUUUCAGAUUGCAACCUGCACCAGCCGCAAUGGCUAUCCAACACCAACCCUCACUUGGUACAAGGAUGGAGUCCCUCUGAAGUUGGAUGGGAAUGGUGAGUCAUUAACAGGUUAAAUCUGUUAAAGCAGACUCGGAGGCAUAGAAAAGCCGGGUACAGUCCAGAAGCUUAUUACAAGGCAAAGGGUUAGCAGGAAUUAAGCCCAGUCUAGGCACAAGGGCCCAGGGUUCACAAGUCCAAGAUGCAUAUUAAGAAUUCCAGUGUGGCACAGGAGCUGUGAUGUUGUUCUAUCAAGUUUCCCUGCCUACCCAGCAUGCUUUUAAGCAGAGGCAAAGAUGGCCAGCUACUCCUCACGAGAAGCCCUGUUCCUAUGGGGGCUCCAAGCUGCUGCCUUUGGAGGGACGUGCCUCCUCUUUUUUUCUUGAGUUGCCAUUGUCAUCUUCUUGCUCCAGUGCCUGCAGUUCCUGGUCUGAAUCAGAGUCCUUCAAGGGAAUUGUGACAAUAGGCCAUGGUGCCCCAAAAGGCAGAGUCUUGGCUGCAGAACAGUAUGAGUAAUGAUGGGUGAAUAGUACAAGUUGGGGCAGCUCAGCAGGGGAAGGAAGGGCUGCUUUCAUGGAUCGGCAUCUCCAUCACCCAUCCGCUGGUGUUAUUGGCAGCUCCCUCCAUCCUCGGCCUCUGGAGGAAGUGACUUAAUUAUCCUUAAUUAUAUUGGGCGGACUGUAAUCGUAAGCUGCCAUGGGAGUUGAUCUUGCCUGUAAAGUGGGUUAUAAUAUGUUAAAUGAUACAAUAUGGGGCAUCAAAGCUCAUGGGAAAAGCAAAACAUCAGUGCUACAGAUCUGUGAAACGUUAGCACAAGGGUCAGCAACCUUUUUCAGCCGUGGGCCGGUCCACCGUCCCUCAGACCAUGUGGUGAGCCGGACUAGUGAAGAAAAAAAAUCAACGAAUUCCUAUGCCCCACAAAUAACCCAGAGAUGCGUUUUAAAUAAAAGCACACAUUCUGCUCAUGUAAAAACACCAGGCAGGCCCCACAAAUAAUCCAGAGAUGCAUUUUAAAUAAAAGGACACAUUCUACUCAUGUAAAAACACGCUGAUUCCCGGACUGUCCGCGGGCCAGAUUUAGAAGGUGAUUGGACCGCAUCCGGCCCCCAGGCCUUAGGUUGCCUACCCCUGCGUUAGCACAUGCCAGUAUGUUGAGUUUGCAGUAAGGGUUGUCUUAGCUGGAGAAACAAGGCCAGGUGACCUUUGCAGCAUAAACUGCUCCUUAGCAGAGUAACAUGUAAGGUUUGUAGCUGCUCUUCAGAAUAGUCUUCUACUUGACCCUUCCUCCAGCAGGUUUUCACCCAUGCACACUUUUCACGAAUUAAAUGCUCUUCCUAAACCUCUCCUCUCUUCCUCUUUCAAUCAGAAAUUGAGAUCCGUCCCGGCCUCAUUAAGGAAUCAAGUGGCCUGUGGACUGUCCGCAGCACCCUUUCGGCAAAAGUCACCAAAGAAGACCGCAGUGCUGAGUUCUACUGCCAAGUCAGUUACACCCUGAUGGGGAAUAACAAGACAUCCAAGUCGGACAGCUUCAAAGUCGACGUUCAUUGUAAGGCUGAGCUCCUUUUAGCAGCACUGAGCACAUUCAUUGGGAGGUCUAAGAAAGGAGAAGACCGAGCCUCAUGCAGAAGUGCAACUAGGGAUGGACUUUGGGGCCAAAACCCAGGACCCCACAUCCCAAGGGACCUUGAGGACCAACCAGUACAUUAAGGGGAGCUACAUGGGUGCUGUUAUUGGGGGGAAACACAUGACAUGUAAUAGGGCGGUAUAUAAAUUCUAAUAAUAAUAAUAAUAAUUAAAAAAUAUUUUGGUGUGGCAGUCCCCUCCUCCUUGCCCCUCCCAGCAGUUCUUUAUCUCUUUAUAAAUUAUUUGGAUUAAGGAAUUUAGGGAAUGCUCAUCCAAUUUGCAGAUGUCACCAAACUAGGAGGGGUAGCUAAUGCCACAGAAGACAGAAUCGGGAUUCAAUAUGAACUUGAUGGAUUGGAGAUCUGGGCCAGAACUAACAAAAUGAAUUUCAGUAGGGGCAAGUGUAAGGUUCUAACUUAGGCAGGAAGAAACAGAUGCAUAAAUAUAGGAUGGGGGACACCUGGCUUACGAGCAGCGCAUGUGAAAAGGAUCUAGGGGUCUUGGUCGACCACAAGCUUAACAUGAGUCAGCAGUGUGAUGCAGCAGCAGCAGCAAAAAAAAAAAAAGCUAAUGUUAUUCUAGGCUUCAUCAACAGAAGGAAAGUAUCCCAAUCAAGGGAAGUAAUAGUUCUGCUCUGUUUUGCCUUGGUCAGACCACAUCUAGAAUACUGUGUCCAGUUCUGGGUGCCACAAUAUUAAGAAGGAUAUUGACAAGCUAGAACAUAUGCAGAGGAGGGCGACCAAGAUGAUCAAGGGUCUGGAAACCAAGUGUCUUAUGAGGAACAGUUGAAGGAAUUGGGUUUCUUUAGCCUGGAAAAGAGGCCUGUCACAAGGAGGAGGAAGCAAGCUUGCUUUCUCCUGCUCCAGAAGCUAGGACCUGAACCAAUGGUUUCAAGUUACAAGAAAGGAGAGUCCCAACUAAACAUCAGGAAGAACUUUCUAGCAGUAUGAGCUUCUUUAGACAGUAGAACAGAUCCCCAUGAAAGGUGGUGGGCACUCCGUCCUUGGGAGGCUCUAAAGCAGAGGUUAGGUGGCCAUCUGCCAUGGCCACUUUAGUUGAGAUUCCUGCAUUGCAGGGGAUUGGAUGAGAAGCCCCACUUCCAGCUCUUAGGAUUCUUUGAUCUGCUGUCUCUCCCAUGUUUCUCUGCCUGCGCUUAUUAGGAGAAGCACCAGAAGGCGAAUGAAGGUUCUUUUUUCCUCUGCCCCUCUCUGUAGACCCCUCUGAGAGUCUCCGCUUCGUGAUUGAUGCUCCAGGCCCGGAUGUGAAGGAGGGAGAUAAUGUGACCCUGCGCUGCGAAGCGGAUGGGAAUCCGCCACCUCUGUAUACUUUGUACAGAAUGGGGGUGAGCUUUGAUUGCAUUUAGGGGGGCUGUGGCCCUACUAAACAUCUUCCAAGACAACAAUGCCCACUUACACCACAAAAAACUCAUAACCCACCUACUUUCAGCCGCCAGACACACCAUAACCAGACACUGGAGAGACCUGUCAGGAGUAAGCAUGGACCAAUGGUACCAAAUAGUCUGGGAAACAGCCUUACUAGAAAAAUUAACCAAUAAACUGAAACUGACACGGGGACAAACAGAAAAAGACGCCUUUUCCCCGGUAUAGCUCCCCUUUAUCACAUACACAGCCCAACAAGACAAUGACAAUAUUCCACCAACAGCAUACAAAUCAGUAUGGCUAACCUGAUCCAAAACACCCACCCAUCCCACUCACACACGAAAACAAAGCUCACCACAGCCAAUCACAAACAAACAAGCACACCCUAGGCCAACCCCAACCUCUCUCACCACCAAAGGAACACAAGUGAACAGCACAAGCAACGCUGACACCAAACCCUACAUACAGUGGUGCCUCGCAAGACGAAAAGAAUCCGUUCCGCGAGUCUCUUCGUCUUGCGGUUUUUUCGUCUUGCGAAGCAAGCCCAUUAGCGGUUUAGCGGAUUAGCGCUAUUAGCGGCUUAGCGGAUCAGCUGAUAAGCGGCUUAGCGGAUCAGCUGAUAAGCGGCUUAGCAGCUUGGGGAAAAGGGGGGGGGAGGAAAAAAACCCCGCAGGAACUCGCAAGACAUUUUUGUCUUGCGAAGCAAGCCCAUAGGAAAUUCAUUUUGCAAAGCACCUCCAAAACGGAAAACCCUUUCGUCUAGGGGGUUUUCCGUCUUGCGAGGCAUUCGUCUUGCGGGGCACCACUGUACAUUAAACAUAAUAGAAACAUAAUGUCUCAACAAAUGCAUAAUGUCUUAACAAAUGAAAUGGAUUUGUAAAAAGGUUACAUGGAAAAAAUAUGAGAGAUAUUACACAUACUUCUGUAAAACAAGAAACUCUUUAAUAAUAAUAAUAAUGAAAGAAUGGAGGUGAGCUUGCAGCACAGAGGAAGGUGCCGUAUAUCAAGCCACAGGCACUAGGUCCAUCUAGCUUAGUGCUGUCUACCACACUGGUCUUCAGCUGAGGGGUCAUCCCCUGAUUCAAGGCAGGUUGCAACAGAAGCACUACCACCAUGCAGAUAUAAAGUACAAGAUGAAGAGAUGGGACCCUGAAUACAUGUUUGAGUUAAAAAAUCAACACUGGUAAAAAAAUAAUAAGUGAAAACAAAUCAGAAACCUAGAACAGACAGGCCAUCAAAUAUCUGGGAGGGGCAGCAGGAAAAUGUAACCCUGUCCUGAAAAGAUAGAUAGGAUGUUGGUGACUGGGUCUCUUGGCUGGGCAGUAUUUCCUCCUUGUUGUCAUCAGCUUGCAGGUUCAGCCUUUGUCCUUCUUUGUCUUGCACUCUGCUAGGAGGAGGAAGCCUCCGGACAGGGUUCUGAACAGGGGUUCCUGCACCUUUACAACAUCAACAAGGAGCGCAGCGGAGUCUACCUGUGCAAAGUGCUUGACCUGCAGGAUGUUACGCUUGUGGAGCUGACGGCCAACGUGACUCUGCUGGUGAACUGUGAGUAGGACCUGUGGGUUUUAUUCAGUACAAAAUGGCCUGUUGGGUUUUCAUUAGAGCCUUCAUCUGGUUUUGAGAAAUCUUAGCUGGCUGUUCUCGGGAGCAUGAGCUGAUUGAUUUAAAACUGCAUAAAUGUGGGGAUGGGAAGCUGGCUUCCUUGCUUUUGAAUAUGGCAUUCACAGGAAUCUUCUUGGGAGAGGUGGUUUUUGUUUUGACAUCUGCCUUACAAUAGAGGCACAGUGCUAAUAUAAUUAAGAUGUUUUUCACAACAUGCCAGCCAAUCUAUGGACUAAACUUUGUACCCGUAGUUGUUAGAGAACCCAGAAUUUCAUCAGUAUGAGGGAUGUGUGAGAGCCAAGCAGAAGCAUUGGAGGCAGUGAGAGAGAGGCAGUGGAUAUACUCCUCUUUGCUUCAGCAAAGCCUUCAUGGAUGUUCUGAGCUGUUCUGUUUAUCAGAAUGAUGUGGCUCUUCAGGUUUUGAUUCCCAGGCAGAUGUAACCGCCAGAGAGAAAUAGGUGCUUCUCCACAGUGCAUAAAGAUGGGGUGAAGCGAAGGAAUCUCAUCUGUGUUGCCUCAAGUAUAUGAUUUCUCUCCCUUAGAUCUUGAUGAGCCUGUGAUAACCUCUGUGCCUCCAGUGACCUCGCUCAGACAGCUGCAGGAAGGAGAGGAUGCGCUCCUCACCUGUAAUGCAACAGGCUCCAAGCCCUUGGCAUUCCACUGGGAAAAGGUAUUCUCAUUUUAGGGCUGUUGACUUGAGUUAAUGGUGUAUUAGAUUGCAAAUCAAAAACACUUACUUUGCAGUAAGCCACAUUGAAGUCCCACUGCACACAAUGUAAACAUGCACACAGUUGCUCUGUUAGCUGGUUAUCUGUCUGGCUGUUGACCAGUUGGUAAACCAAUACAAUGGAUUCUUGGUUCUUGAACUUAAUCUGUUCCAGAAGUCUGUUCGACUCCCGAAAUGUUAAAAAAUGAAGGAGUGGCUUCCGAUUGGCGCAGGUGCCCUGGAAACAAUAGCUGACAGCCACAUCGGAUGUUCGGCUUCUGAAAAGUGUUCGAAAACCAGAACACUUCUGGGUUUUUGGUGUUUGGGAGCCAAUUUGUUCGUCAAAUAAGCCAUUUCAAGAACCAAGGUUCCACUGUAUAUUUCACAUCUGGCAACCAAUGCACCCCUUGAGGGGCAGAUAGUACAUGGGUAUACAAGUCUAAAAAGCCCAGGACACAAAUUUUCACAGCCCUCUAGCAGCUAUAUGGCUCAUUUACCAGAAGUACAGUGGUACCUCAGGUUAAGAACUUAAUUUGUUCCUGAGGUCAAUUCUUAAACUGUUCUUAACCUGAAGCACCACUUUAGCUAAUGGGGUCUCCUGCUGCCGCUGCUGUGCGAUUGCUGUUUUCAUCCUGAAGCAAAGUUCUUAACCCAAGGUACUAUUUCUGGGUUAGCAGAAUCUGUAACCUGAAGCAUCUGUAACCCGAGGUACCACUGUAAUGUAUUUAGCAUUAACUCUGAAAGUAUCUACUUGAUUCUGACCAAACUAAACCGCCCAAUGUAUAUUGUGCUUUUCCAGAAAGGGAGGGUGAUUGAGAAGGGGAAUCUUCUGAACUUGACCAACGUCGGCUUCGACACCUCAGGCAAAUACACCUGUGUUGUAGAGAUGCCGAUGCCAGGCACCCCUGCUGUUUCCCGCUCCAAACAGGUUCAAGUGACCGUCCAUGGUAGGCAUCGCACAGUGACCGCUCUCGCUAAGUAUCUUUCCCCCGAUCCCAGUCCUGGGUGCUGGGGCAGCAACAACAAUUAGCCACCUCUUCUCCUUGCAGCAAAACCAGUGCUGGUCGCACGGAAGGAAGUGGUGCAUGUCCAAUCAGGCGAGAUGGUGAACUUAACGUGCACCGGGUACUCGACACCCCCCUUGCUAAUCUCAUGGAGUGUCAAUGGAUCGGUAAGAUGUGCUCUUUGUGGGGUUUAUUUCAAAGAUAUAAAUGGAGAACUGUGAAGCGAGGAGGCCCCGAUUCAAAUCUCACCUCAUCAGCAAUUCACUUGGUGCACUUGCUUAAGCCACUGCUGUCUACCUCACUCCCCCCAAUAAUAUAAAAUGAUAUAAUAAUAAUGGUCAAUCUCACAGGGGUAUUUGUAAGGCUUUAUGGGAUGUGAAUGCUUUAUGAAACAUGCUGCAGAAGGCAAUAAUAUUUAACAAAUGUUCCAUAUUUUUCAUGUCCGAAGACUGUUUCAACAAAGUAUAAUGUGUCUUUCCCCCAUUCAAUAUGCUUUAGUGUGCAGGGAUGGGUAACUUGUGUCCUUCCAAAUAUUGUUGAUUUGCGACUCCUCUCAUCCCUGACUUGGCCGUUCAACUCCCUUCAGCCCCAGCCAGCAUGGGCAAUGGUCAGAGAUGAUGAGAGUUGCAGAGCAGCAAUAUCUGGAGGGACACAGUGCUUGCUGCCCUGUUUUGGGUUGUUUUGUUUUAAAUUCUCCUUAGGAGCGUUAAUCCUCCCUCCCUUUUCUUUCCACAGGUCUUUACUUCAGUCAUGCAGGGUCAUCAGCGCAACAGCACAGUCCUGUUCCAAGUCACUGAAGCCCUUCUAGAAUCGGGAGUCAAUUGCACCGCCAAAAACAGGAUGGGCACCACUCAGCACCACUUCAUGCUGGCACAGAGUAAGUCCAUCCCUUUUGUCUUGAGAAGAGGGCUCAUCCACACUUCCCGCUUGUCCCGCUCAUUAGGACUGUAUCAGAGCAAACUUCAAUUCACGGGAAACCCAAUGGGCGUUUGCUCCGAUUCCGCAAUAAAGAUUGAAUAUCCGCAGGGGAAAGCAGCGAGCCAAGCGAAAGCCUGAAUGAGCACAGAAUGUGUUGGUGGUGACGGGUACAUUUGCCCUUCUGGGAAGGGCUGGGGCUGGGGAAAUAAUGGUACCCUCCAACAUUUUUUCUUCCAUCACAGCUGUCCCCAACACCAGAAGCAAGUAUGCCAAGGCGCAUCAGUCUGUCAGGCCCAGAAAGUGGUUUGAAGUAAAGCUGUGCUGAAAAUGUCACUCCACUUUCAUGAGCAUAGGAAGCUGUCUUAUGCUGAGCCAGACUGCUGGUCCAUCUAGCUUAGUAUUUCCUCUGUACCAGCAGUUCCCAACCUUUUUUUGACCAUGCCCCACCUAAACAUCUCUAAAAUCCGGGUGCCACCCCCUGGUGAUAUAUAACCCUUAUUAUUCAAAAAGUGAACUAUUCACUUGGAGAAAGUCUAAAAGGCCAUUAACUGUUAAUAAGUCAUUCUCGAAUUGCCCCCCUUAAACAUCAAAUUGCCCCCCUGUCGGGCAUGUGCCCCACGUUGGGAACCACGGCUCUACACUGAGUGUCAUUUUAUGUGACUAUUGCUGUUCAGUGAGAGGCUGUGGUUAUUUCCCAUAACCUGGUGUAAAGGGGAAUCCUGAGAGGGGGUGUGGUCUUGCAUCUUCCGACACCAAUACCCUGAAACUCCUAUACAGUGGUACCUCGGGUUACAUACACUUCAGGUUACAUACGCUUCAGGUUACAGGCUCUGCUAACCCAGAAAUAAUACCUCGGGUUAAGAGCUUUGUUUCAGGAUGAGAACAGAAAUCGUGCUCUGGCGGCGCGGGAGGCCCCAUUAGCUAAAGUGGUGCAUCAGGUUAAGAACAGUUUCAGGUUAAGAACGGACCUCCGGUUGCUGAGUUCUCUCUUCGUCUGUUUCAGAUGAAGCCAGUGGCUGUGUCAGCCCCUUCCUUACACAGCAAGGCAGGCAACCUAUGACGAACCAGUCCACUUCCAGCUUGUAUUUAUUCCUCUUUCUUUUCUUUCUUCAGGGCAAGAAGGAGGAACUCCCAAUGCCAAGACUGGUAAGCCCCUUACUGAGCAUUUACGACUGUCAAACGGACAUGAAUGUGCUGUCAAUGUUCUGGGAGCGAACCCACAGAAGAUGACUUGGGCUUUGCAGGAAGGAGGAAGCUGGGGAGGGUGUGAGUGUCCUGAAGGUGAACAAGGAGGGCUACUUGCAGGACCAGGCAUCUGACUUCCCAUACCCCAACCCAUAUAAAUAAGAGACCAAUGAGACUGGGAUUUUGGGUAAAAACAGGCCACAACUUUAUUGAAUACAGAUGAAAGAGGUUUGGUUUGGGCAUGGGGCAAUCUAAAUACUUCCGGCCCGCCUGCUGGAAGUGACGUGCGGUCAGUCCAGGCUGGGGGUUCCUAAGACUUACAUCCAAUAGGGUGACCCCCACAGGGACUGCCGUCUGGGGGAGUGCCUUCGGCCCUGGCCCCUCUGGGCAUGCGGACAUGGCCACUCCCCCCCGAAUCCCUUUAACAGCAUACCCCAGCGUUUGGAGGGGCAGACAGGGACUACAACCUCCCCUCCAUCCAAAACAAGGGAUUGUCCCAAUGCCCAACCAGUUGUGACGAAUUGCUAUGAGGUAGGCAAAACCACCGGGUAAGAGCCAAUUAUCCCAGUGGGCAAAUUCCUACCCGGCCCCAUAAAGAAUGGCGAUCACCAUAGUCACAGCAAAGUCAUUGCCUAUCAGCAUAAACCGUGGGUGAGUGGGAUGGGGAAACCUGGCGCAGGAACAAACAGGCUAUGUCCCAAGUGUGGGCUGCUUAAAUGGGCAGGGGGCGGAUCUGAGGGAAGCCCACCGCCGGCCGCAGUGGCUCCGCCCCCUGGCACAGCCCACGUCCCAGCCUGCAUUCCCAUUGGCCAAUACAGGGUGCAGGCUAGGAUCCGGCUCCUGAUAGGCGGCAGGGGGUUAUGCCCUCACCGCCUAUCAGGAAGGGCACUGCCGUUUGAAUUCUACAGUUGGGGCCCCAAGCUUCUGCACCAAGAGAGGUGACUUUCUGAAACCCACCAAAGAUGAGCCUGGUUGGGCAAUUUGCUUGAGAACGCCAUGUAGCGCCGCCACCAUCUCAUUUGUUCUAUCCUAGAAGAAAGGUGGUAACCGUUUUGAGUAAGUAAAAUACAUCAAAUGUGAGAGAAGAGGAAGAGGAGUGCGUAUCUGCUCGGCUCCCUUUGCCCUCGCAGAAGGUUAUGCUGGAUGUCAGGAGAGGGGUGAUAAUAUUUGGUCACCACCCUCUGAAGGCCUGAGGGAGACUGUACCGGAUGCCAACCUUUGCACCUUAGGGCCCUGAACUCCUUAAAAAGAUUAUUAUUGUUUUAUUAAUUUAUGAAUUGCCUUUCACAUAAGCCCAAAAUGAUUUGCAGUCAUAAAAACAACUAAAAUAGGUUUUUUAAAAAACACAAAACCCCAGUAAAGAUCAGUUGUAGAACAAUGAAAACAACCACCCAUCCAGUUGGAAAAACGUAUCAAAACAAAAAUAUGUUCCAUCGUUUCUGGAAAUUGCAAAUAGUAGCAGUCUGUCAUAACACUCAUUCAUUGUCUUUAUCUCUAGCAAAAUCUUUUAAAGAGGUCUACUUUUUCUUUUCUUAAACAAGGAAGUCUUAAAAUUUGUAUCCUCUCCUAAUCUUGGAGAGAAGAGAAUUUGGGGAGGGGGUUUGGUUUCUGCCUGCCUGCCAUUCUGUUUCUUGGGGCUUUGAGAGGUGUGUGGCAGCGGGAGGUCUUCUGGUUAACCACUUUGGGAAAGGGAUUCUGUAGAUUGUAAAUGUUCGUCUUUUUAUUACCGUAUUUUUCGCUCUAUAAGACGCACCAGACCACAAGACGAACCUAGUUUUUGGAGGAGGAAAACAAGAAAAAAAAUAUUCUGAAUCCCAGAAGCGAGAACAGCAAGAGGGAUCACUGCGCAGUGAAAGCAGCGAUCCCUCUUGCUGUUCUGGCUUCUGGGAUAGCUGCGCAGCCUGCAUUCGCUCCAUAAGACGCACACACAUUUCCCCUUACUUUUUAGGAGGGAAAAAGUGAGUCUUAUAGAGCAAAAAAUACGGUAAAUAGAACCUCCAUGUAAACAGGUAUUAUAACUUACUUCUUGUGUCAUUUUAGUACAUACUGUUGUUGUCUAUAGUUGAAGAGCAAGAAAAUAUGCCUAAUUUAUAUAUAUAGUUUCCAUUUCCCCCUCUUUUUAAAUCCAGAACUUCUUCAUACACAGUUUCAAUCAAUAAGAUUAAUGGGAAAAAUGCUUCUGACUGCGUUAUUGAGGGCAGCACCUUUUUAGUUACGUGAAAUUUGUUUUAAAUUGAUGAAUCGUCGAAAUGCUGCUGAUCUAAUUUAAUGAGUGAGCCUCCAAUGGGUCAUUUAAGCCAUCAUCUCCUUUGGAAGCCAAGAGCUUCUCACAAUCCCUUCGUGCUAAAUUGUUAACAUUACCUACAUUCUCCGCCCGCUGCUCUCCAGAUGGUUUUUCUACCCCCACCUUGCCAGAAAAUGAAACUUCAGAGUUUGGGUACAACCAGACACCCACUCCCCAAACUCCUGCAGCAAUGCAGCAAGGUACCGCUGGGAAUGACACACAAAAAGGUAUCUGUUUAUAAUUCAGCUAGGGCAGCCUCUCCCAUUGGUUGCAGAGUGGCACUCUGAGAAUCCUCCCCAACCAAUCGGAUCAAUGCAUGCUGUUGCCUGUUAGGCUGGUCUUCUGAGUUCAGAUCAUGUACAGGUAUGUGCUUUAAAAAGCAAGCACAAUUUUGUGCCAGGAUAAAGAAAAGCUAGAAAUGUGCACAGUUCUACCUCCCUCCCUCCCCUGCCCCUCUGGCAAUCUGAUUAAUUUCCUGAAAUUUCAGUAGGUAUUUGCCACACAUUCUCUUGCAUCAAGGGCAAGAGGCCUAGGCACCUGUUUAAAAAAAGAAAGAAAAAAGAACAGGACUUGGAUUUGUUUUGCAUGUUCUCUGGCUUUUCUGUGCUUCCAGGAAAUAGCAGGUGACACUUAGUCCUGAUAGCAGCAUGUUUAGUGCCCCCAUAUCCAGUGACUUGUGUUUUUUGGGUUAACAAUUUCUGAAGGCAGGGAGAGAGCACUUUGACAAAGUCUGGGAGCCUCUCCCCAUCCUCCCUGCAGCAUCUUCUAUGACACCUUUUCUGUGAUGCCUCUGAAAAUUUUUGCUACCCAAUCCCUCCAGCAGCUGCUUGGGUGCCUUUUCGCUUUGAGAAGGUCCUUGCUAGUCCUGUUCAGAAAGGCCUUCUCUUUCUCUGUCUUCCUCCCAAUGGCAGCAGCAGUUCUUCUGAAGUGGUCUCUGUGGGCAAGCAGAAACCGGUCAGCAAUGCUAUCAUGGUGGCGUAAUUUUCUUUACAAAACGCACACCUCAAACAUACCAGAAUUAAGGCCUGUGUGGAAAUUGCCUUCAUGGCGCUCUGCCCAUGCUCAGAGGCCCAUCUUUAUUUCAGCCUGCAGGGCUGAGCCCUGGUUCAAGCUUUGGGAGGAAGCCUGCGAAAUAUUGAGAGCUGUUUUCUGGAUACUAGAAAGGCUAUUAUAUAUUCCAAGUGGGAGGGGUGGGUGUGGGUGUUUGUGUGCGUCCUGUUUGCUGUUCUCGUCUUCAGACUUGGAGAGCCCAGCCUGCUCUUUUGUUUAAAAGCAGGAGGCAAGGUGUGUGGCUGUAGUAUCUGGCUUACCACUGCAGUAGAUGAGGUAUGUUUGGCAUGGCCCUGAAAGACUUGCUGUUCUUGUCUGUUGGAUUCCUGUAUUUUGUAUCAUUUUAAAUGCAUUUUAGCCUUAAGUGUUGGUCUCAAGUGCUUACGAGUUGUUGAUCUGCUAAAAUCUCACAAUUCCUAGACUGAAUACUUCAUUAACCAAGUUUCGGCGCUGUUUAAUUGAUUUUUCCAAAUAUGCUGAGGAAUGGCUUUUAAAUUAGAAUGGCUUUUAAUUGCCAUAUUAAAACAUCUUAAUUGAGAUGCUGCCACCAGCCUCUUGGGUUUAUUAACCUUCCAUUCCAAUGCCUGCAUUUAGGUUCAUCCCAAAAGCAGAGCCUUGGCUAGGAAGAUUUGUAUACCUCUGCACAUAGACUUUUUCAUGCCUGCCAUAGCAGGCAGGCAAUCCAUUAUCCUCCUGGUGAGAAGCCCAUCAAUGGUCGCCAAGUGACAGGAGUCCCACAAUCCUCUGCGCUGGACAUUAACACUUCCUCCCUUCCCCUUACGCUGCUCUCCAGAGGACUUUCUCACCCCCACCAUGCCAGGGAAUGAAACCUCAGGGUUUGGGUACAACCAGACAGCAGAAGGUAUGUUGGGAAGUCACCUGCUGAAAGGUAUAUUUUUCUUCUGCUGCUGAAGCAGCUUCUCCCAUUGGUGUGGGGCAACCCCUAGGGGCAGUCCCCAUCCACCAAUUGGACAGACGCAUGCUCUUUCUGCCUGUUAGCAUUUAUGCAGACUGGCCAAACCCAAAGGCAAAUGUCAGAGCUAUGUGAGCUCUUUGAAAUGUGAGCAACAAAAAGUGGGAUGUGGUUUUUUGCAGGGAGAAGAAAAUGCCCUGUGAAUGUGCAUGAUAAUUCCUUUUGAGGCUGCAUUCCUGGCCAUCCCAUUCAGCUCCUGAGGUUCCAGCAGGCCUUGGCCAGUUGCUGACACAGAAUGCCCACAGUCUUGAGGGCUAAGAACUUGCUUUUUGGUAGAAACAGGAGCUGAAUCUGAUUUCCAUGUUCUGUUGCUUUUCUGUGCUUCCAUGAUAUUGAAGGCAACACCUUGUCCUGAUAGGAGCAUAUCCAGUGAAUUGUUUUAUGCGGUAGCCUUUCUGUAGGCCAGGGAGAGAGAGAACACGUUUUGACAAAGUCCAGGAGCCUCUCCCCAUCCUCUCUCCAGCAUCUUCUCUGAUACUGCACUGUUUCCCUGAUGCCCCUGAAAGCUCUUGCUGCUUGGGUUCCCUUCGAGAAGGUCCUUGCCAGUCCUGUUUAGAAAGGUCUUCUCUCUCUCUCUCUCUCUCUCUCUCUCUCUCUCUCUCUCUCUCUUCCUCCCAAUGGCAGCAGCAGUUCUUCUUCUGAAUUGGUCUCUGUGGGCAAGCAGAAACAGGCAGCAAUGCAAUGAUGGCAGGGUAAUUUUCUUUACAAAAUACACAGAAUACCAGAAUUAAGGCCUGUGUGGCAAUUCAUGACGCUCUGCCCAUGCUCAGAGGCCCAUCUUUAUUUCAACCUGCAGGGCUCAGCCCCGGGUCAAGCUAAGCUUUGGGAGGAAGCCAGGAAAAUAUUGAGAGCUGUUUUCUGGAUAUGAGAAAGGUGACUAUAUAUUGAGACUGGGGGGCGGUGUAUGUACAUAUGCGUUCUGCUUGCUGUUUUUGUCCUUGGGGCUUGGAGAGCCCAGCCAGUUCCCAUGCGCUCCACACAUUUCAUUUAAAAGCAGGAGGCAAGGUGUGUGGCUGUUGUGUCUGGCUUACCACUCUGGGAAUGGAUUGCCAUAGAUGAGGUAUGUUUGGCAUUACCUGCAAAACUGUUGUCGUUUAUGUCUGUCCGACUACCGUACUUUAUAACAGUUUAAAUGCAUUUUUGGCCUUUAGUAUUUGUCUCUAGCGCUUAUGAAUUGCUCGUUUGCUAAAAACUCACAAUUCCUAGACUGAAAGCUUCAUUAACUUUGGUGCUAUUUGAUUGAUUUUUCAACUGAGCUGAGGAAUUGUUUUCCAAUUAGAAUGGCUUUUAAUUGCUUUAUUGGUAAAACGUUGCUGGCGUAAUUGAGAUGCUGCCACCAGCCUCUUGGGUUUAUUAACCCUCCAUUCCAACAUCCUGCGAGAGGUUCAUACUAAAAGCAGAGCCCUGGCUAGAACCGUUUGUGUGCUAUUGCCUAUAGACUCUUUCAUGCCUGCUGUAGGGGGUAGGGCAAGAAAUUGUCCUCCGGGUGAGAAGCCUAACAUGAUCUGGCAAAUGACAGGAGUCCCACAAUCCUUUGCGCUAGACAUUAACACUUCCUCCCUUCCCCUUACGCUGCUCUCCAGAGGACUUUCCCACCCCCACCAUGCCAGGGAAUGAAACCUCAGAGUUUGGGUACAAUCAGACAGCAGAAGGUAUGUCGUGAAGUCACCUGCUGAAAGGUAUCUUUUUUCCUUCUGCUGAGGCAGCUUCUCCCAUUGGUGUGGGGCAACCCCUAGGGGUGGUCCCCAUCCACCAAUUGGACAGACGCAUGCUCUCGCUGCCUGUUAGCAUUUAUGCAGACUGGUCAAACUCACAGGGAUAUGUCAGAGCUACGUGAACACUUUGAAAAGCAGCAGCAAAAAGUGGAAUGUGGGUUUUUUGCAGGAAGAACAACGUUGGUCUGUGAAUGUGCUUGAUUCUGCCCCUCCACCCUCACCCCCGGCAAUGUCAUUCAGCUCCUGAGGUUUCAGCAACCAGAUGCUCUCUCACAAAAUGCCUACAGUCUUGAAGGGCUAGGGAGCUGCUUUCCUAAAGCAACAGGAGCCAAAUUGGAUUUUUGUGCCCUGCAGCUUUUCUGCGCUUCCAGGAAAUCUCAGAUGAUCCCCAGCCCUGCGUGUAGCACAUCAUUCCAAUCCUCAAUGUCACACAUUAUGGGGUAGCUCUGUUGGGAGAUGGGACGGGGUGGAAAAAAUCAGCUUUGCUACAGCAACCAGGAGCCACCGUCCCUUCCAGCACCUUCUGUGAUAUUGUGUUAUUUCUUAUUCUGCAUCUGAAAGUCGUUUCCGUUACCACCUGUUCAGCUGCUGCUCGAGUUGCUUUUGCAUUUAAGCAGGCCUCCGUUGGGCCCCUGAGGAAAAUCCCCUCUCCGUGUCUCUCUUUCUCUCAAAAACAGUUGCAGUUCUUCCACAGCAGCCUGUAGGGAAAGGAAAUAUUAGGGGAGGACCCUGGGAGCAGUUUAGCUGGGCAGCUGUGCUUAAAUUUCUCUCUCUCUCUCUCCUCCAAAAUGAGAUAAGCCAGAACUCAGGCUGGUGUGGAAGUUGCUUGCAUAGCUCUCUGCACGUGCUCAGAGCCAAACUUUUCCUUCCAAUUUGCAGGGCUCGGCCUGUGCUGAAACUGAACUUGGAGAGAACGUCAGGGGAUGCUUUGGGGAUUCAAGAAGGGGGUGUGGUGUGCUGUGGGGCAGGGCAUGGUGGCAGUGAUGGUUUCUGGCUGACGUUCUCUUCUUGGGGAAUCUAGCCCUGUCCUGCUUUCGCAGGGGUGGGUUGUAGCUGACGAGUCACUACAGAAGUGGGAUGCUGUAGAGGGGAAAUGUUUGGCAUAACCCUGCAAAACUGACAUUUGUGUCCUUUAUCAAAUGGACCUCCCAUGGAUCCAGGUAGUAUAUCUCGUUUUUGUUUCUUUUAGGCUAUACUCUUGCUCUAUAUAGUGAAAGCAUAAUAAAUUAUGUGUAAUUUAAUAUGUAAAUAUGUAUAUAAAUUUUCUUUUGAAAUCUAGGCAUUGCUCAAUGUGCGAAUUCAUUGCCUAUUGUGGUGGAGAUUGUUGAUACAGAUUUUAGAUGUUUUAGCGGUUUUUGUUUCUACUGAUUGCCCAUUGUUAUGUUUUCUGAUGUCGUAACCUACCCUGUAAUCUAAGGUGGGGGUGUUUGAGUAAGUCAGUACAAUAACUUUAGUCAGUAGAUCGGUUUGGUGAUUCCUAGAUUUAAAACUUGAUUAAUCAGCUUGUCGUACUGUUAACUUUGGGGUGGGGGUGGGGGAAGUAAUCUGCUUACUGGGGAACUGAAUACCUUUUUUUUUUGUUCACUGAAAAUGGGUCUUGGCACAGAACAUUUGUAUGUACUCAUUUUAACAUCUGCCGCUCCAGCCAGGGGGCGAUGGGUAGGGGGCAUGUGAGCCAUCCUCUCCUUUGGAAGCCAAGAGCUUCCCAGCAUCCUUAGCACUAAAUGUUAACAUUUGCCUGCAUUCUCCACCCGCCGCUGCCCAGAUGACUUUUCCAACACCACCUUGCCAGGGAACGAAACUUCCGAGUUUGGGUACAACCAGACAUCAACUUCCCAAACUCCUGGAAGGGCUGAGGAAGGUAUCCUUUCUACUUCCGUUCUAGCCGCCUCUCCCAUUGGUUAGGGGGGCCUCAUCCUGAGGGGCUUCCUCAGCCAAUCGGACCAAUGCUUGAUCUUGCCGCCUGUUAGCAUUUUGCUGGCUGGUCCUCUUGACUCCAAACUCAGAGACCGUAGCCAGGGCUGUGCGCGCUUUGAAAAACACAACCAAAAAUUUGGCUGUGCGCGCUUUGGAAAAACACAACCAAAAGUUUUGUGCUACCGGGGGGUGGGGUGGGAGAGAAGCUGUGUCAGUGUGCAUGAUGGUCUUAUUUGUUUCUUUCUUUGCUAGUCUUCAGGAGCUGUAAGUCAGCUGCCCUCCUGCUCCUCUGGGAAUCUGAGUCAGUUCCUGAGGUUGGAGCAGGUGUUGGCUAAACUCCAUUGCCAUUGCCAAGAAGACUAGGAAACUGCUUUUUUUCCUUUAAAAAAAGAAACGAGCGGAAUUUGAGUUCCAUGUUGUGCUGUCCCUCUGUGUUUCCAGAAACAGCAACAUACGGAGCCUCGCCAUGAAGCAUUAUGGGGCAUAGCUUUGCAAGGAAGGAGUGGCAGUCUUGCCAUAAGAUCCAAGAGCCUUCCACUCCCUCCAUCUCCUUCUGAGAUGUAUUGGAGACUUCCCCAAUUUGGUGCCCUUCAACCGUUUUGGACUCCCAACAGAUUCCCAGCAGCCAGCCUGACCAGUGAUCAGGGACGAUGGGAAUUGUAGUCCCAAAACAUCUGCUGCCAGAACCCUCCAGCAACUGCUUGGGUGGCCUUUGCAUUUGAGCAGGUCUUUGCUUUAGAUCUGCCCAGACAUGCCUUUUCUCUCUCUUCCUCCCAAUGGCAGUUCUUCCAAAGCGGCGAGCGGAAAUAGCAGCAGUGCCGUAAUCUUCUUCACAGAACAGUGAAGUGAUGCCUGCACGAAUUGUGCCUUCGUGGCCCUCUGCCCAUGCUCAGAGAAGCCCAUCUCUAUUUCAACCUGCAGGGCUCAGUCCUGAUUCAAGCUACACUUUGGGAGGAAGCCAGGGAAAUAUUGAGAGCUGCUUUGUGGCUGCAAGAAGGGUGAUUCUGUUUGGAUUUUCUUUCCUCCUCCACCCCCCACCCCCCUCCCCAAGCAGAGCAGACAGCACAGGAGAGCAAAGGUGUGAUCAUUGUGGCCGUUGUCAUCUGCAUCCUGGCGAUUGCUGUCCUGGGCGCCGUCCUUUACUUCCUGCACAAGAAAGGGAAGCUCACCUGUGGCCGCUCAGGCAAACAAGAGAUGUAAGCACACACACCUUUCCUUGCAGCCUUUUGGGUGCCUCCCUCCUUCCCUCUCAUCCAUCUACCAGAGACCACGCUUCUUCCCUUCCUGCCCCCUCCCAGUCUCCUUGCACCAAGCAGCGCGCUUCUUCUGAUCCCAUGGGAGGGAGGAAGUGGGGUGGACCUUGAACUGCUGUUGCCCACUAGGCCCUUUGCAACGUCAUUUCCAACUCAGCAGCCUUAGGGGCGGAGCACCUCCUCUGAUACACAAAGCUUGAUCGGUGAUGGCUGCAGGCAGAAGACAUUUGCCCUUGGCCAUGAGAUUACGCCUUUCUGACUUCUGUCCCACCCAAGUCACUGGUCAAAUAGUGCUUUGCAAGCUUUAUAGAGGUAAAGGGACCCCUGACCAUUAGGUCCAGUUGUGGCUGACUCUGGGGUUGCAGCGCUCAUCUCGCUUUAUUGGGCGAGGGAGCCGGCAUACAGCUUCCAGGUCAUGUAGCCAGCAUGACUAAGCCGCUUCUGGCAAACCAGAGCAGCGCACGGAAACGCCAUUUACCUUCCCGCUGGAGUGGUACCUAUUUAUCUACUUGCACUUUGACGUGGUUUCGAACUGCUAGGUUGGCAGGAGCAGGGACCAAGCAACGGGAGCUCACCCCGUUGCGGGGAUUCGAACCGCUGACCUUCUGAUUGGCAAGUCCUAGGCUCUGUGCUUUAACCCACAGCGCCACCCGCAUCCUUUGCAAGCUUUAUAAGCGCCUCCGAAGCUGGCCAGAGACUCCAGCAGGGACAAGGUCUGUGAUGGGGUUCCCUUCCACUCCAUUGAAGCACUUGCCUAGCUCAAGCCUCUGCUGGACCCAGAGGAGCUGAAUGAUAAGCCCCCCGGGAACUGCUGUUCUGUCCCAGCCUGCAGCCCACCCACUCCGCAGGGAUGCGUCUCAACACUGUUACCCUCCCUCCUCCCUAGCACAAAGCCCGAAGCGCAUAAAGACGAGAUUGUAGUUGAAGUUAAGUCAGAUAAACUUCCUGAAGAGGCGGGGCUCCUGCAGGGCGCCAACGGCGAGAAGAGAUCGGCAGGUGACCAGGUAGGCCAGUUCGCCAUGACUAGCAGCGGCGGCUCGCAGAAGCAAUGCUUCAGAGGACCCAGAUAUGGUGUAUGCGUUGUUUUUGAUGCAAUGUGUCAUCCUUCCCCAAAUCCACCUUCUUGGGUUGCACAAAUGGCUGUUGGCCCGUGCUAUCCAUUCAUUUUAAAGAAAAAAAUGAUGUUCGGGGGGGGGGGAGGUUUGUAACCCAUGGUGUAGAUUGGCCCAGCUGCUAUGCACUUCUGCCCCCCACUCCCACUCCUGAAUGUGCUGUGGUUACGUUAGGAAGCCCACCACUGCUUCUUAAAGUGUGAUAGUGAACUGAACGGGGGAAGCUUAGCAUUUUCCACUGCUGAGACGUCCAAGCAGGAAGAGCCUGUGUCUCUGCAUAAGGGGUACAGCUCUUGCUUUCCCUCCAUACCUUUUAGCAUGGGCCAAAAGUGGGUUUCUUAGUGUCAGCAGAUGCCCCUCUGCCCGUCCCCUUAGGUCUCCCUGAUCCAGCAACUUCAGCCCCUGCUGCUCCCUGCGUUUGGCAGGUGCCCCUCCUGCCAGCUUCCCAUCAAGCAGCUUUCGUGCUCCAUGUGGACAGUGUGCAUGCAGCCCCAUUCUCUCUUCCCUUCAGCUUUUCUAUAAGCAGCCACCUAUGGGAGGGCUUUUCCUGCCUCUCUCCUGCAGUCUAGCCAGAGGAGCUUCUCUAUUCCAAUACAGAAAAAUGGUCCUGCAUGUGCUUUUUUAUUUUUUACUGUGCCUCCAAGCCAGUCACGCAAUCUCAUUCAGAACGGCUGCCAUCAUCUUACCUCACACCGCAGGGCAACAGAAGUGGGUGUGCUUGUAUUUUACUGGGCCACAAUCGCAAUGUAACUCUGUUUUUUUCUUUUGCUGCUUUAAAAAGGGAGAGAAAUACAUCGAUUUGAGGAACUGAGAAAGGAGAGACAGCUGCGCCCCUUUGAAGAUUUCUCCUGUUCCUUCUCGAUGCCUCCACCCCUCAUGCUCCCCCGGUCAUAGUCUUUCAGGCGCACAGCAGCAGCAAAUAAGGCACAAGAUGGCUCCACAGCAAUUAAUACUUUGCAACCUCACCCUCAGGUUUUUGAAGGACAAAGCAGCUGAAGCAAAUCAGCAGUUUUCAGACCAAAAAAAGGGGGAGUCUUAGUUUAAAAAUGACUCCCUUUAAAGGAUCCAUGUUAAGGGGGGGGGGUUGAGCGGGGGCAGGUAGAGGAACAUAUAGUCUACCAUAAUUGUAUGGGGCUUCAGUCAGUUUGUAAAAGAAAAGAAAAGAAAAAUUUAUAUCAGCGAAGCGCUUGCCGAGCUGAAUUGGUUGGAGAUUUUUUUUUUUUUUAGAGACUUGGUAAAUUGGAGAAGAAAACUUAAAAAUCUUACCAUAUAGACAGGAUUGGAGAAUGGCGAGUGUGUGAUGGGUUUGGCUCCGUCUGGCAUGUAGAAUACUUGUGGAAAGCCAGAGUUGCCUCAGCUGUUCCUUGAACUGUUGCUGUUCUUCGCAGCAAGGUGCUGAAGGAGCCCUAGCCCUCAAAACGGCAGAGGGUGGUGUGGGAGUGGAGGUAAGAAGUCUUAAGGACACUCACUAGGGACUCAGUUUCAUUGAAGUCAGUGCUGCUUACUUCCAAUUUAAUAUAAAGGAUAACUGUACAGAGAGGUGGUUCUCUCUGCACUUCAGAUGUUAUGAUAGGAAUAAAGUCUCUUUUUUGUACAAACACUGUAUAGUCACACUUGUUUUUACCCGAGAACGUAGGUUAUUGUCCCUUCUGCCUCCCCCCCCCCCCAAAAAACCUUUCUGCAGAUCUUCUGGGUUACCUUGCUGCAGGUGACACACUUGCCAGUCUUUGGAAGUCCUGCCUCUCCUUAGGCCACAGGAGGAGAAACAAGGCACUAAAAUAGGGUGUUAAGCACAUGAGGUAGUUUUCUACAAUUAUUUUGGGUUUUAUUUCAGUGUAGCACCAAGGAACCUGCUCUGUUAGCACAAGGAUUUAUGCUUCCUCCCUGGUGGUCCUCCCCCCCCCCCCCCCAAAUCUGUUUUCUCAACCCUUCGGAGUAGGGCAGAUGAGGGGGUAAGGAAGAGAGAAGUGUACAUUCUUGUGCUAACAGAUCGAGUGCACUGAAAUUCAUCUUGAAUUGCUCUGCUCUGAUAGCAGCAGCAGCAGGUGACACACGGAGAAUGUGAAGGAAGCUGGUGCCUGUACCAAAAUGAGAUUGUCAUGCAGCCUUCAAAGCAGGUGCUGAUGACAACUCUCUUCGUCCUUAAACAUGCCAGGAAGUAUUACAGGAUGCCGUAUUUCACCACGCUGGUCCAGUGCCUAAGAAAAGCUUUCUGCUUCUCUGUCCACACCCCAGAAUUCUAAAUGGACACCAGACAGAAAUACUGUAGCUAGCUGCUUCCAUACAAAAUUACUUCCUGCAGAGUUCGGUUUUCCAUUCCCUUCAAAGCGAAGUGAACAGCUUUCAACACAAACUGGGCAAAACAGUUAAGGUUUUGCUUUAGACACUUUGUUUUCCGAGUGGUUAAAAAGUGCAAACUCGUCAACCAAAAACGGGGGGAAGAAGGGGGUGUUGCGCUUUCCGUGUAAGCUAUAAAAUUAGCAAACAAACAAAAAAUGCUUUUGUUAUAUAUUUUUGUUGAUGUGUGUAAAUUUAAGAGUGUCUGAGUUGCAGGGUUUAUAUAUAUAUAUAUGUAUAUGAAAAAUAAAAAGCUAAAGUCUUCAA